AUGUCGACUUCUGGGACUCUCAGCAAUUAUUAUGUGGACUCUUUCAUAAUUCACGAGGGUGACGAUCUAGUGCAGUCAAGAUACGCCACUGGCUCCCUGACUCAGCCUUCAAGGCAAGCAGCAAUUGGGGAGCACUCAGAAUACACUCCAUGCAGCUUUCAAUCAAAAACUUCAGUGUUUGGGAGCCCUUGGAACCCAGUGCACCCACAGACUGCAAACAAUGUAUCCAGUGUGUACCACCCUUAUGUGCAUCAUCAGGCACCAAUAACAGCCUCUGAUGGCAGGUACAUGCGAUCCUGGUUGGAGCCCAUGUCUGGAUCCUUGUCCUUUUCUGGCUUACCUACAAGCAGGCAUUAUGGUAUUAAACCUGAACCACUUUCAAGCAGGAGGGGGGACUGCACCACCACUUUUGAAACCCACACUCUGUCUUUGUCUGAUUAUACAUGUCCCUCUCCUGUUGAGAGGGAAAAGCCAAACAACGAGCCUGCAUUUGCCACCAGUAAUGGAGAUCCUGUAACAACCGCUGAAAAGCCUCCUGCUGACCCAAGUAAGUAGCUCCCAUCUUACUGGGGUCCCAGUGAUUUGACUGUUUACUGCAUUUAUGGGGUUAAAUAUUGACUAUAACAUUCCAAUUCUACAUACUGCUUGCCUAGACCCUAUAGAACCAUAUAGCACCACAAAGACUGCAGUUAGUUUAGAAUUCCCAUUUAUUAACUAUUAAUGGUGAAGGGGAGAUUGCAUGGGUUUUUUUUUUGUCUUAAAAAAAUGAUAUUCUUGUAUCCAUCCAUUCCAUUGAUAUGCAAAUUCAACCCUGCUGUGCACAACAUACAGGUAAUCAUGUCUACUAGUGACUACCCCUUUAAAUCAGGUUCAAUGUAUUAGUCUUAAAAUCAAAGACCAGGUAGUGAAAUAGAUAUGGAGGAGGCGUGAGCUUGUGUGCAGUAGCCAUAGCAGGGAUCAGUGAGCUUUUAUCCUGACUUGUAGAGUUUGCAUCCCAGCAUGUUAAUAGAUUGGUCCAUUGCCUUUAUGGUAAAUUUGAAAGUAACUUCAAAUGUUUUAUUUUUCUCUCUCUCUCUUAUCUUUAGACAACCCAUCUGCUAACUGGUUACACGCAAGAUCAACUAGGAAAAAACGCUGCCCUUAUACCAAACACCAAACACUGGAAUUGGAAAAGGAGUUUUUAUUUAAUAUGUACCUCACAAGGGACAGGAGAUAUGAAGUGGCCAGAUUGCUUAAUUUAACAGAAAGACAAGUCAAAAUUUGGUUCCAAAACAGAAGAAUGAAAAUGAAAAAAAUUAAUAAAGAUCGCUCCAAGGAUGAAUAAUUGUGGCCCCUUGUUUAAACGCAUCAUCUCAGACAAGCGAUACUACUAUAUCAAGGCCUCAUUUUUUUAUUUCCCUGAAACAAAUAUCUAUUAUUGUAACAAAUCCCAGUAUCAGCACAUAGCUGGUUUGCCUGUGCUAUCAAAGAGGUACUGUAUUACAUCAAUUCUCUGUAAGACAAACAAAAAGGGGCAUUAGGGGUGGGCUGGCAUUGAAAAAGCUACCUGUUCUCUUCUACAAAAAAAAACUACCUUUUACAUUGUGCACAAACAUUUAUUGACUGUAUAUUCUAUCUGAGACUUAGAUAAUAUUAUUUUGCUGUUUGGUGGAGCAGGAUUGCCUGCUGGUAUACUUGAAUAAUGUGUUUUAUUGUAGUAAAUCUAUUUGUGACUCGGUUUGUGUGCUUGUUCAAAUUCUGAUUGUUUAAGCUAGUAUUGAAAUGAUCUCAGGUUGUUUAAAUAGGAAAGAAUAUAGACGUAGGCUGCAUACUUGCAAUGUUUAUCGUUGUUUCAGUAUAUAGACACUUAUUAUUGUCGAUAGUAGUGUCCUAUUAAGCUGUAAAAAAAGAUACCCAAGAUUGUUUGGCAAUCAGAGGGUUUCAGUAAGUUAGAAUUAAAAUUGAUAGUAUACAGAAUGUUGUAUACUGUGAUCGUCAGUUGUAAAUACAAUCUUUAGGGGAAAGACAGAAAUUUAGAAGGAAAAAAAAAUACUUAAAAAAAAAAUAGAUAAAAUAAAGUUUGGAAAAUGGGAUUGCACCAGUGAGCCAGUCUGGUUUUAGACUAUGUAGAAGAGAAAUAAUUGUUCAACUACCUAUGGUUUAUGUUAUGAACUAGUUAAAUAAAAUAUGGCGCUCAUUGUAUUGAACUUAAAUUUAUUAAGAAUAAAUUAUAAACAAUAAAAGUAAAUUGGGUGAUAGUAUAUUUCUAUCGCGUUACACAGUUGAAAAAUAAAUAAAUAAAUGAAAAAUAAUUUAUGCAGAACAUAUCCUUUAUAUUUUACAAUAGUUACCUCAUGGCUUGUUGACCAAAUUGUUGUGUUUGAAUUCUAUUUAUGUUUUAUUUGAAUUUUUUUGGUCUCUGUUUUUGUUUUUUUGUUUUUUUUCAAAAAAAUAAUAAAAUAUAUCUUUUUUUGUUAUUUGUGAUUUUUAAUUUUCAUUUAUCUUUUAUUGAUUAUAGAUAAUACAGUUCACAGUGUAUUUUGGAUUUGUCUUCUUGUACACUAGAAUGCAGCUGGGAGAGUGAUAUGAAGAAGGGACUUCAUUACAAAUUGGAUCUUAGAAAAAAAAGCAUGUAUACAAAAGCAAUGAUGUGAAGAGGAUAUACAUUCUAGGCUUAAACUGGUGUUCUAAAUAUUUUCUUUUCUGUAAACAAAAAACCGCAAAACCAGCAAAAAAACCUACCUUUUUCUAAUGACCUACAGCAUAACAUUCUAUCAUGUUUUUUAAAAGUUAGGUUAUGCAAAGCAUUUUAUUAUUAACAGGCAAACUAUAAAUCUAUAGAUUUGCUAUACAUUGUGUAAAAUUGGCCUCUAGUUACUCACAGUCCAUCGUGUCUCUCAAUAUGAAUUUCAGUUUCCAAUUUCCUCUAAGACGCCCAGGAUUGCAUUUAACAAAAGCAGUGAAAAUUCAUAGUUAGAAAAGAAGAGGGGGGGAAAAAAAACAAGUUAAGUCAGCUAAGACUCAUGUCCUGGCAGAGGAUGUUGUUAGUAAAAUUCUGGGCCAUAUAGGGCAAUAAAAGAAAAUUACUGCUCUAACCGUUUAUAGUGUUUGAAAUGCUGCAGGCUUUUCCAGAGAGUGAACGUGCAGAACUUGUACGAAUUUGAAUUUUUGCAAAAAAAUUAUGGUGGAACUUUGAACUAAAAAAAAAAAACCAAACCUUAGUUAGAACUUGACUUGUAUUUGAUAAAAUGAAAAUCUAAAGUGACAAAACAAACAAACUAAUAAAAAAAAAAACAAUAGUAGAUAUUUUUGUUCUCUUUUUUCUUUGCAAUUGCACUUAAAAAAAAAUAAAAAGAAUUUAAUUGCAGUUUUUUUUCCUGUUCCGGGGACCGGACUGUUUAAACGCCCUCUGUUGUUGCAGACAGAAGGAAACUUCAAAGAAUGGACACACUAAAGUGUGUAAUAAAUGGCUGGUCUGCAAACUGUCUGGAAUUUGACUUUUAAUGAGUUUAUAGCUGCCCAGCCACAAUUAAGAUUUUCUACAGAAGCCUUUUCAUUUGUUUUGUCUGGCGGAUCCUGAUAAUGUAGUGAACGGAAAUAAGUAGAUUUUAUUGGUUUUCAUCACUGAAAUCUCAUGUUUGCUGAGGAUUUUCUAAGUGAAAACUGUAAUUCUACUGGUGGAGGUUGCUAUUUAUUUGCAAUGAGCUUAAUUAAUUAAUGGAAACAUUGUGGGAUUUCUCUAAAACAAAGACUCAAAGCAGCAAAUUAUUUUAUGGCGAAAGAGCUGCAGUUGAUAUGUUUUGCCAGCAGAUGGCAGCAUUAAACCAUUAAAUAGCUAACUGCUGGGUUUUUGGAAAAAUCAAAGGACCACAUUGUUUAUGUGAAUAAGAAUAUAAGAAUAUACUUGGGAAAUGUUUUAUUUAUCUACAUGAAUUCAGAUUUGAAAACACAAUUACAUCAAGGUGGGGAAACAAUCUAAAUUAUGCCAUGUCAGAGAUAUCCAUUUUUAAAUGUAGCUACUGCAUUUUUCUUUGAAUUUCAAUAAUACAUAGUGAGCAAAAAUAGUGGUCAUAUUGUCAAAAUAAUGGCGACAAACGCUAUCUGGAAACACACACACACACACACACAUGUUUCAUUUUACAGCUUUGACACUUAAUUCCCUAAUAAACAAUAUCCCCCUUCAUAAUUUCGUGAGGAUAUUUAUUUAAGUGUUUGGACACUGCACAGCCAGCCUCACCCAAAUGAAUAUGUAAAACCUUUUGGGAUUGCAUCCAUUUUCUUAAAUUGCAGGCACACAAUAAAAGUUUGCAGCCAUGUGUAAUAUAAUCAAAAUAGGUGCAGAAUUAUGUUUAGUAAUUUAAUAUUUUUUAUUUGCUAAUAUAUAAAAACUCCUAAACCAUUUUCAUUUAUAAAGUGCCAGUAUUGUCUGUAGCCCCACAUAGUGUAAUACACUAUUUAUAUUGCCCACGGGUACUUAGAAGACAGUUGUGUACACAAUCCAAAACAACAUGUAUAAUAAACUAUAAAGCAGAUGGAGUGCUAAGCCCUUUAAGGUUUCUAGCUGCCUUCCAUUCUUUGUUUAGGCAUGCCUCACUUCCAUAUUUGUCUGGCUUUAUUUCCCCAAGCUUUCUUUCUUUCCUAGUUCUGUGUAUAUAUAUAUAUCACAUUUUUCGCUAACAUAAAGGUUUAUUUUAACUUCUUUGUAGUAUGCAUUUCCAGAAAUAUGUAACACUUUAUUGAGCCCUAUUACUCUCCAAUUCUUGUAUUUAUGCAUUUCUUAUUAAUUUAUUUCUGUUAUAUACUAAAAAUGCGUUCAUUGGCCUGUUCAUUUUUAUUUAACCUUUUUAAUGUAAAAUCUGAUAUUUAAAUUACACAGCAUUUGUCAGAAUAUUUGAAUUUAAUAUUAUUAUUUUUUUUAUGUUAACCGUGUACGUUUGUAUGUGUCUAUCUAUCUAUCUAAUCAUUAAGCUGAUUAAUUUAUAAAAAAGUAUUAAUUAUGUUUUGUCUUUAUUUUAUAUAUAUAUAUAUAUAUAUAUAUAUAUAUAUAUAUAUAUAUAUAUAUAAUGCAUAUAUAAAUGCAUAUACACACAGAUUAAAAAUAUAACUAUGUAUUUUAAUUAAAACAUAUACAACUUAAAAUAAAUAUAUAUAUGUGUGUGUGUGUGUAUAUAUAUAUAUAUAUAUACAUAUUAUAUAUAUAUAUACACAUUAUAUAUAUAUAUAUAUAUAUAUAUAUACACACACACAUAUAUAUGUAAAUUAAUAUAUAUAUAUAUUUAUUUAAAGUUGUCAUUCAUUAUACAUGGGGCAAAUAUUUGAGAGCAGUGAAAGAUAUUUUUUAAUUUUAUUUUUAUUUCUUCUUUUCCUGUAAUAAGUAUUGAUACAUAGAUGGAAUUUACAAGACAAGCUAGAGUAUUUAAAUAUUUUCCCGAUAUGCAUUAAUAACGUUAAUUUCAUUGCCCAUUAAAUCAGUUCUGAAAUAAAAUAAAAAUGUGGGUCACAACCAAUGUCAUAUAUUCGUUUUAUGGUUUAAGGUUUAUUAAAGGAUUUCAGACCUAGAAAGAUCUCGUAAACCAAGCCCCUCCUUCUUCUGUUUAUAUAUUUAUUGGCUUUGUGUGUGGGCCCCCUAACCUUAUACACUUCCACUGAUGGCAUUUAUUGAUAUUAUUUUAUUAAACGUUCCUUGCUUCCUUAACCCCAGCCAGGCCUGCUCUGAAGGAUCAUGUAAUAAAAUGACACCAACAAUUUCAAAAAAAUAAAAUUCUCGCUUGCUCUGUAUUUUUUUCCCCCAAUCAAAUAAUUGUCAUAAGCAUUUUAAGAAAAUCUAAUUUCAAGGCUACAUCCUUUAACUCGUAUACUAUAUAAUGGAAUCUUAACGUUAAUCAUGAAAUAUUGUUGUUAAUAUAAAGUAAUGUGAAGGACAUAGCAAAAAUACAUAGAACUAAAAUCAAUGUCAUAUAUAGUAAAAAUAUAUUAUUGUGCACAAAACACUAUGUUUUACCCCACAAUCCUGGAAGAUAUGGUAAAAACCUCCAGAUUAUCUUGUGGGAAGUUCUUUGUACAAUAGAUGAACAGACUAUAUAAUUUAAGGUAGUGUUUCCGGAGUAACCCCAUUCAGUGUUUCAAGUUUAUGGUGUGCAAUAUAGCAGGGCUGUAAAGCCUAUCUCACCACCCCAGUCUGUUGUCUAGUAGAUGGGGGUUAUUUUACCAGACGUUUGAUGAGAGAACUGUGCUGUUUUCAACAGAAACCCCAUUUAUUGCUGUAAGCAGAUAGAAUCUUUCAUUUGAUGCUCUAAGAAUCUUAUGCUUCCUGUGAUAAUCAUUUCACAACUACACGGAUUUGGAGGUAGGUGACUGGUGAUGCGAAAUUACCAGCAACUGAAGGGUUAAAUUAUUUGAAAACGUUCUAAUUCUGAAAUAAAUUUUUUUUUUAAACUGCAUUAAAAAAAAAUCAGAUAGGCAUAUUUUUUUUUAUCUACUCACUACUGAUGCAAAUAGCAUAUAUAUUUAUAUUUAUGGUGGCUCUAUGUGUGGUUUUUUUUUCUUUAUUUUUCCAGGUAAAAUAAUAUUUAAAAUGAAUGAUAUUUCACAGAUAAAAAUUGAUCCUUGUCCAUAUCUGCCUUUUUUUUAAUUCAAUUUAAAAAAUUAAAUUCAAACUUAAAAAAAUAUAUAUAUUGUAUGAAAUAACUCCAAUGCAGUAUGAGACAAUAUUAUUUAUUAUGACCCCCAUCUUUUAAUGGGCUCAUUCAAUAAUUAAAUAUUUUCUACGCUUGUAGAAACUAUUAUGGGUAUUACUAUUAUUAUUAGUAUUAUUAUUUUAUUAUUACUACUGUUAUUUUAUUAUUACUACUCGUAUUAUUAUUACUAUUAUUAUUAUUACUAUUAUUAUUUGCAUUUGUUUUAUUUAUUCUCUAUUUAAAUAAAAAAAAUAUUAUUUCUUAGUCUAUAUUUUUUUUAUACAGUAAAUUUAAAAUAAGAUUUUUUUUAAUGAAUUCUCCAUGAAAAAAAAAAUAAUGUCCUAGAAAGGAAUAUUUAAAUAAUCAAUAAAAGCUCAACCAAUGGCUGCAAGGAUCCUCUCUUCUUGUUGCUAUGUGAGGUUUGAAUCAUUUGCAGAUGUUGACGCUGAGCCUCUAGCUGCCCAACAUUCUACACAUUGUAUCCAGUGAAGGCUACGUUCUACAUUGUAGCAAUAGAUGUUUAUAAAUACAGAUAUCAGAGCCAGUAGCAGAGAAUGUGGAUCCAUUGCUGCAGUCCUCUGUCCCACCUGUGAUGCAGGAGCAGAUUGGAUGGGCUGGUCAUAUGGUUGCUGAUCACGUGCAGUAGGCAGCUCAGUGCAAAAGAAAAUGGGGUUUUGUGUAAAUCUAAGGUUUUAAUGUUAUCAUAUAUCAAGCUACCUCGUAAAAACCGACACUGAAGCCUGCCGGACAACAAAUCAUAGGUCAAAAAUAUGAGUUCUUCAUAUUAUGUGAAUGCUCUUUUCAGCAAAUAUACAGCUGGUUCUUCUCUGUUCCAAAACACAGACUCAGGCUCCUGUUCAUUUCCUACAAACUCUCAGAGAAGCAGCUAUGGAGCCAGUGCCGGGGCUUUUGCAUCUUCAAUGCCUGGUCUUUACAAUGUGAACAGCACUUUGUAUCAAAGCCCUUUCGGUGGUUAUAGUCUGGGCUCAGAAGCUUACAAUCUACACUGCUCCACGUUUGAUCAGAACAUCCCUCUGCUUUGCAAUGACCUGGCCAAGGCAGCCUGUGACAAGGUGGAGGAAUCAGCCCUGCACUCCCAGGCAGACAGCAAUUUUCGCAUUUAUCCCUGGAUGAGAUCUUCAGGUACGGGUAAGCUGCUGGGAAGGGGGUACUGAGGAAGGCCAGCUAUGCACACAGCCAGCAAACAGAGCAGGCUUUAUGGAUUUAAUUAGGGACCAGGCGCCGGGAUUCACAAAGCCUAUGGCACACUGUGGAAAUGAGCAGAACACACAUUUUAUGGCUCUCUUAAUGGAUUCAGGGCUGGCCAUUUAUUGCAUUUCCUUUCUAAACUAAGGGGCUAUUCGAUUGUUUUGUAUUUUCUAACUACAUACAGAAAAAAAAGCACAGGCUAGUCUGCAUUCAUUACCCUUUAUAAUGGUGUGAUUUAAAUCCAAAUGUAGAUAGGCAUAGUUCAUAAAAUAAUGUAAAAUAAAGCAUGUAAGAAAUCAAAUGUUACAAAGCAGACAGUUUAUUUUCUCAAGACAUUUUAUUAAAUAAAUAAUUAUAGUUAUGACAUAUUUAAAUACUUGUAUACACAAGACAUAUCCAUAUAUAAAGUGCAAAAUAUACGUGUGUGUAUAUACAUGUGUAUGUGUGUUUGGAUUAAUAUAUUUAAUAUGUAUGCUAUGUGUUUAUGGCUGUGUUUAUUUGUGUAAUAUAUAUAUAUAUAUAUAUAUAUAUGUGUGUGUGUGUGUGUGUGUGUGUGUGUGAAAUAUACGUGUGUGUGUAUGUGUAAAAUAAUAUAAUGUCUGUCGAUUGGUAUUAUUUAUUUAUGUAUGUGUAUGCCUGUAUGUGUUUGUUUGUUUGUGUGUGUGUGUGUGUGUGUGCGUCUGUUUUUAUACACACACUCGAGUAUAUGAAAUACGAAAAUGUAUAUAUAUACAUAUAGAUUACACAAUUUUAUUUGGUGUUUUAUUUCAAAGUAUCAGCACAUGUAUUGCAUCUUUUCAAUGUAUAUUAUUACAGAAAAAUGUUGAGAGUGACAUAGUCCCCCUGAAGUUGGAUAAUAAUCUACACACAGCUGUAAAUAGCUGUGUUAAAUUGGGGGCAAGAUAUGAUCUGUGUCAGUACAGGCCUUGUGAUCACCAUCUAGGAUAUAGAAGUCUUUGUUGUGUAAUGCACAUUGAAAUGUAGACCUGGAACUAAUACAAUGUAUAACUUUUGCAAUAUUUCCAGGACCCGACAGGAAGAGGGGUCGCCAGACCUAUACCCGUUACCAAACCCUAGAAUUGGAGAAGGAAUUUCACUUCAAUCGCUAUUUAACGAGAAGAAGAAGGAUAGAGAUUGCCCAUGCCUUGUGUUUGACAGAGAGACAAAUAAAAAUCUGGUUUCAAAACAGGAGGAUGAAAUGGAAGAAGGAACAUAAAGACGACAACAGCAACACUACCGACACCGGGGAGGAGACCACAGCAUCCACUACAACUGCUGAAGAGAAAGUGAAAGAGGACGAUUAAGCCCUCAUUGUCUGGAGCACUUAGUGCUCUUCGCAUUUGCACGUGACUGUGAAAGCUAUUUUGAAAAUGUUUGUUUAAACAUGUGUUUUUUUUUGUUUGUUUGUUUGUUUGUUUGUUUUUUAAAGUUGUUCUUGAAGAUUUUGGUAGUAACACAAACCAGGCCGUAGACAGUCGUUCAGGGAGCAGUUUAAUCUUUUAUCUGGGAAUCUGAAAAGAAUAAAAAGAAAAAGAAAUCUAAGUAUUAUUUGACAGUAUAUGCAGAGGCAGUGUUUUUGUAAAAAAUCUUUUAUUUAUUUUUUUUCAAAAUACCCAGGGGAAGAACAUAAAUUUUUAAAUGUAACUACCUAAAUUCAUAUAUUGUACAUAUAGAAGUGCAUUAUUCUUAAACUACCUACUAAUUUAAACAAUAUCUUGCGCUUUAUUCACAUUUUCAAAAUAAGACUUGUUGGCAUAAAACAACAUUUAAAAAUAACAAAUAACUAUCCAAAACUACCGCUGUUUAAUGACAUUAUACUACCUAUUAAAACUACCUAUUUUGUGUUUCACUGAGAUGCUAUGGUAUUAGAUAGAAUUGUAUUUAAAUUGUGAAAAAAAAUGCAUACAAAUGUGAAAAAUUGAUUGUGUGUUUUUUGCUAUUUUUUUUUUUUUUUUUUAGAACUGUACUGAAAAAAACAAAUUAAAAAGCACCGGUGUUGUGAGACUGAAAUGUUAAAUCAUUUGUGAACAAAAUGUUUUUUUUUUCUUUCCUAUGUUACCCCAUGAUGUCUGAUUAUUUUUAAUGAAUUUAAAGUGAUAUUUGAACGGUGACGUGACCACAUCCUUUGUAUUUCACAAUAAUGUAUUUGUAUACACUCAUUAAGGUUAUAUUGUACUGAGAAUCUUAAUCAUUUGAUACAUGCGCCAUAUUUUUUCAUAUUUGGAACUUCAUAGCAUGAGAUAUUUAUGUAAAUAAAAUAAAUAAAAAAAGAAAAUUAUAAAAAGUACCGGUUGGCUGCCUUGUGACAUUAUUUGUUAUAUUGUGAUGUUUCGUUUUUCUUUAUAUGUUUAAUAAUACCUCCGGGCACUAUAAAAUGUGUAUCAAAUAAAUAUUAAAGUUAACUCUGUCCUCGUAUCUUGCAAAAUACAAAUAAAUAUUUUUUCUUACAAUUAAUAUCAUCCAUGCUUGGUCAAAGAGUUCGCAUCUGCAUUAUAUAAUUGGAAUUGCAAUUAAGACAUCAAAUAAAAAAAAUAUAUAUAUAAUUUAAAAAAAUAAUAAUAAAUAUAAACCCAUAAUAAACUAUUAAAGCUUUUUGGUGAAAAAGGUUUCUGAUCAAAUAACAGAAAUCAUAUUUAAAAAAAAAAAAAAAAAACUACACAAGAAAAAUAAAUGUAAAACAUUAUUAUAAUAUAAAAAAAUCCAGUAAAUAUUAUAAAUAUUUUACAAUACCUAUAUUUACAAUACCUCCUAAAGAAAUGAAAAAAAUUCAGUGAUUAAAGAAAUAUAUAUUUAAUAAUGUGUAAGUAUUAAAAAAAAAAAAAAAACAGAGCUGAUGGAUAACAUGCAGGGUGUGCUAUAUGAAAGUAAGGUAUUAUUAAGAGGUUGGAACCCAACAACAAAUUUGCAUCUACAUUAACAGAUAUAUUUCUAAUUGGAUUACUGUGUUAAGAUUUAAUUGUUUGAGCAAUAACAGCGAUCAGAGAGAAGGCUGGGGUUGUUUUGAGAGUUAAGAUGGCGGCGUGGUUAAGUCCUGCCUCUUCUUGGUGAUGAGGCAAUGCCCAUAAAUCGGUUGUUGUUUAUGAAAAUUUACAACUUUGCUAUACAAGUUUAUGAGUUGCUCGGUUUUUCCAUUGGCCGUUGCUGGUCAUGUGGCUAGUAACCGUGAACAUGAAGUUUUUUUUUUUUUUUUAUAAUUUCCCUUGCAAGAAUAGAGCUGCAUUCUUAAGCUGUGCUCAGUGCUGCUUCGGAUCUCUGGGGCUCCAAACCACAGGCAUCAUUUGUUCUAUGGAACGCAAUGGCAACAGUAUCUCUAAUAAUGAAGGUUCUACAGGAGCAGAGUCCUAUAGAGGACCAUGGCAGCAAGAUCCAGUCCUUCCCUUGGAAGGUGUGGCAUUUUGGAUUCACAGCACUGGAGUGGCAGAUUUUCAAAUCGCAGCCUGGCUAAUUUCCUGCUACUCCUGGCACCAAACGGAGCUCGGUUCCUCUCCUGUGUAGCCAAAGCGACAGCUGUCAGUGGCAAGGAUUUCAAUGAACCCCUACAUAAAGAAGGUGAGAGAUCAGUAACCCUCACAUCUUGAAAGGAAAUCUAGUUCUCAAAAAAAUAUAUCAAUUCAACAUGUAUUUAUUAUGUGACCACUAGCCAAGUCAAUAUGAAAUGUCCUUAAUUGGGAUUUUUAAAUAUUAUUAUUAUUAUUAUUUUGUGCAUUUUUUUUAUUACUCUUAUUUAUCAUGUGUUAAUGGUUUAUUUCAACUUGUGCUUACAUAUGGCCUUAUGGUGUUUCUAAAUACGAGCAAGAUUUUAAAUUGCAGGUAGAUCCAAAACACUUAAUUCACUGAUAAAUACACUUAGUAAAACACACAUUCUAAUCACACACACAAAGUCUAACAUACACAUGCACGCCUGGACACAUAUUUAAAGGAAAUAAACAUUAUAGUAGAAAUUAUUAAGUGAAAAUAUUUAUUUUAUUUUACAAAUAAGUGCAACACAUCAUGGGUUAUUUUUUUUUCUAACAUAUAAUGUGAUUAAAGUUGUCACCUGUUAAUGUCACCUGUUAGAAAGAAAAUAUACAAAAACAGAUCAGUGGAUCUCACUUGUAUAAUUCCUCAAAUGGCUAUUUAAGAACAAUAAUUAUUGGCGAUUAAUGUGUUCCUUUACACUAUGAUAGUAAAAUGAGCAGUUCAUAUAGUAAUUGCUAGUAUCUAUCUAUCUAUCUAUCUAUCUAUCUAUCUAUCUAUCUAUCUAUCUAUCUACCUAUCUAUCUAUCUAUCUAUCUAUCUCUAUCUCUAUCCAGCUAUCUGUUUAUAUUACUGUAUUUUCAGACUGUUGUCUGUAUUUGUUUGCGUUGUAUGUUGUCAUUUUUUUUUUUUGCCCUCGGAAAACGUGUAAAAAAACAGCGCAAUCAGUGUUUUGAAUAUUUGCUAAUCAUGAAUGAUAAUUAAGACGGAUACUUGAAUUAUUUUGAAGUUACACUAGUGUUGUUUCUGCUGUGCUAUUUGAUGAAGUGUUGCACUUCCAUUGCAUUGCAGUACUAUACUCUAUCUGCCUGGCAGGGUUGUGUACGAUUUAUUGUGGAAAGUGGAUUUCAGUGCUGCCACUGUGUGGUGAAAAGUGGUAAUGACCAGAGUCUUAUAGAAAGGCUUCCUACAUUGGGAUUUAUUAUGUGCAAUGCAAAAUAUGGCUAUCACAGUAAAUAAAAAUAAUAUUAAAUGCAUGAUCAUUUACUGACCUAGUUUUCAGCUGUACGUCUUUAACUCGAAGCGAUUUUUUCCUCAUGAAAUAUGUAUGGAAUAAUAAUAUUCUAAUAUAUAAUAUUUGUCAAUAUUAAGCCUCUGUAGGAAAUGUGCAUAUUUGAACUAUAGGCAGCUACACCGCCCCUUCACGUUUUGGAUAAUAGAAUUUUAAAAUGUUAUGAAUUAUUAUUCAACUGCUGUAUAAACUAUUUUGUAUACAUUUGACGCACCUUUGAAGAAAAAAAGCAAUAAAUUGGAUAUUGUUUAGAAUGUAAUUCUUCGCAACAUUUACUUGAUUUAGAUGCUACACUUGAAUAUUUUAUCACGAUUUAUUGGGGGGGGAGGGGGGGGGAGUAAAUGUAUGCUGUCAGGUUUAAGCAAUGCAUUCAUAGAAUUCGUUCCAUUGUUGCUGAGGAAAUAUUGUCUGACAUUUUUUUUUUACUUUCUAUUCAAAAUGGCUGCCGACCCCAAGCUUUAAUGAGUUAAGCAGAUUUUAUGACUAGGAAGUGGGAGUUAAAGGCACAGAAACAACAGAGUGUAUUUAGUUCAUUGAUCUGUCUUGGAAUCUUUGCUAAAUUUCACAAACCUCCAGUUAACUGCUUGGCCAAAAUAAACACCAAACACUAUUUGUCUAUUUUUAACCUUCCUUUGUGUAAAAUGCACACUUAGAAAAAUCCCACACCCACACACAGUCAAUAUUUUUAUAUAUAUUUUUUGUUCAGAUUUUUGAGGUUUUAUACGUAUUUUUAAUUUACUAUCUUUCUGGCAUUUUGUUUUUUAAAGAAAAUAUGACUUAUUAGGCAGAUUCUAGAUAAAACAUGCCAGACACAUUGAUGAACAAUAAUACUUGUAAUAAUAUAUAUUUACCUAUAUGUUAUAACAAUGUUAAUGAAAUAUUUUUAUUUUAAAAUUUCAAAUAGAACCAAUUACUGGGAAUGACAUUUUUUUUUUCCUUAAUUUUUUUUAAAGCUAUAUUUACAUUUUUGAUGGCAGGAAAUUCCAAAGGUGUGAUCGCCCCUUUCCUGUAUUUUAGAACAUUAAAUUCUUGUCAUAAAGCUGUAAAGAAAUGUCUAUUAUGUAGCUUGAUUGAACUUCCCUGUAUCCAAACAGGCAGUCUUUUAGUGUAAUCCAAUCAGUAUCCUGUUAAAAGGGGGACAGAGAAUUAAAAAAGUAAUGUAUAUGACUAGUCACACGCUUAAUUCCUAGACUGCUUUUAUUUUCUAAAUCAAGUUACACUUUGUCGUUUCAGAAACCUAUUAAAGGCUUUGCAGCCCUGAUUGUUUAAAUUUUUCAAAAGCACACAUUUUUUCCUCUUUUUUUUCUUUCUAUCUUUCUUCUCCUGUUUUUUUUUUUCUUCAUCUAUAAAGCCAUGGAGACAUUAUGCCUGGAUUCCUGAGAAUGGGCCAUAAAACAGUAAAUAACUGUGAGAUAAGAGAAGGCUUUUUAAGUUCAGACUUGGGGUAUGUGUCUGGGGUGAAGACUUAUGGAUGUGAAGACUUUAACGGUCAUUUAGAGAGAGACAGUGGGAUCUAUUCACUAAACAGUGAGUUAUGCCUCGUUGAAAACCGAUUUAACAAAACAUAGAUAAAAACAGCCGAAUAAAAAUAAAAAAUACACUAAUUCAACCGAAUUGAGAGAAUUGAUUUCGAGCUCAGCAAUUCGGGCCCUAUAAUUGGUGAACUGAGGGUGUUCUCUCCAUAACCCCUGUGUUUUGAUAUGGUCCAAAUAGGGUUCUAUAUGAGAUGUACUAAGCUGAUGACAUACCAGUAACAUUUAAAUUACUUCUCUUAAGGGGAUUAUUUACUAAACAGUGAGAUAUGGUUCACUGAAAAUCUACUUGGAAAAAACAAAAUAGGCUAAAAAUUGUGUUGGGGGAUAAAUAUAAGCAAUCAAGCUAAUUUGGCCUGCAGAUUUCAAGCAGAUUAUUCAACUCUCACACGUUACUGUUUAGUGAAUAAACCCUCCAAAUACUUUAGUAUCAAAAUGCAUAUGUGUAAAUAACAGUUGCUUGUUUUAUGUGUCUGUUGAGAGUCGUGGGUCCUAUUCAUGCAUCUAGAAAGUACUUUAAUGAAGUCCAUUGAAAUAAAGUCUAUUCCUCUUAUGUUGGAUAAAAUAGAUGGAUUUGACUUGGCUUACAGUGUGUUACCUUAAGUUGUGGCUAUUUGAGGUUUAGGCAUUCACAUUAUUUAGAUGCAAUUAAGAGAUUUUAUUAACCAGGAUGGGAGAUCUUACGUUAAACAGAAUAUUUUGCUAUAAUAAUCAAAUAGAAUCCUGAAAACUGUUUGCUUUUCAUCAAAACAAAAAAAUAUUCAAUGCAUUUUUGUGUAUGUUUUGUUUUAUGUCUCGAUUUUGUUGUUCUUUAUGUGUUUUCAAAUCGUUUUGCUUGGUAGAAUUUACAGACAUUUAUCUCAGAUCUGUAAUUAUCAUCAUAAUAUUCGUCACAUGUGUGUUUGGGUGUUAGAUAGGGAAGGAGAGAUACUGUGAAAAGGGGCGUUAAAGAAAGCUGUGAGAUACACUAUAAGAUUAUUUGUGUUCCCUUGAAGUAGAACACUUUAUUGUCUUUGUUCGCUGAAAAAAAAAUGUGUGGUGAACAUAUGAGGUCAUUAUGUUGAAUUCGUUUAAUUUAAAGCUGAUGUGUGCUCUUUCCCAGGGCAGAAAAUAUCUAAAAUAUUGGGUAAUUAGGUUGUAGGUUAUAUUAUUACAACAUGUGUUAUAUAUGGAUGCUCUCUCUGUGUCUCUGUGUUUAUAUAUAAAUGCGUUUAUUUUUAUUUAUAUAUACAUAUGUGUGUGUGUGUGUAUAAACAUGUUUGUGUGUAUAUAUAUAAAUAUAUACACACACACACACACAUAUAUAUAUAAAUUGUAGGUUAUAUUAGUACAAUAUGUGUUAUAAAUGGAUGCUAGUGCCUUUGUGUUUACAUAUAACUACAUUAAAAAAAAACACACACACACACACAUUAAUGUGUGUGUUAUUUUUUUAUGUAUAUAUAUAUAAAUAUAUAGAUUUACUAUAUUUAUAUAAAUACAUAGAAACAUAGAAACACGAGCAUUCAUAAAAAAAACACAUAUUGUAACAAUAAUAUAAGCUACAAUAUAUAUAGAGAGAGAGACACACACACACACACAGACAGAUACCUGUACACAAGCAUAAAUAUGACAUAUCGAGUUAAUUUAAAAUGGGAGAUCUGGGGGAUAAUAGUUGAUGAUUUGAGAAAGUAAACAGCCUGUGUACAGGGGAUGUCCCCUGUUAUGUGGAGUGUAUAUUAUUGGUGUAUAUGUGCUGCUUGGGAAGCUGUGUCUUAUUUGGAAGUUUGCUGGCUCAGUCCCCAGUCCCAGGGGAACACCAUCAGAACGCAAUCCUAUUGGCCACUCAGCCAUCAGCUGCUUAUAUUUGCCUGUGUCGCUUUUGGCGCUCGGCCAUCCAGAAACAAACCAGUUCGAUGACUACUAAUAGUUAUAGCCAGAUGUACUAAUACACAACAAAUCACAGUUCUAGAGAGUGCGGAGCAAAUGAGUUCUUACUUUGUGAAUAGCACUUUUGCUGGGAGCCUGCCCAAUGGCCAGGAUUCGUUUGUGGGUCAGAUCCCCCUCUACUCAUCUAGUUAUGAAGCUUUGAGACAUUUUCCAGGUUCUUAUGGGACAUCUUCCCUGCAGGAUAAAGCCUACCCCUCACCUUGCUUUUAUCAGCAAUCUAGCACAGUCAUUGCCUGCAAUGGAAACUCCUAUGACUAUGGAACCUCUUCUUUCUAUACGGACAAGGAGAGCUCUGACAGCCCUAACCCCUAUGGGGCCAAGCAGAGGGCUCAUGCUGGGGAAUUUCUCCAUUUUUCUGCAGAUCAGCAGUACAAAUGCGCCAAUGUACAAAGCAAGAUGCUCCAUGAGGAUGCCAGUGACCGGAAGUAUAGUAGCCCUGUGUACCCCUGGAUGCAGAGAGUGAACUCCUGUGCAGGUAAGUGUUCGUGGCUCUGCCCUGCAUGUGGAAUGCACACAGUAACUAGCAGACUAUGGGGAUGGAAUGUUGGUAAAUGUCCACCAGAACAUUCCACUAGUAAAAUGUGUACUAGAAUGCUGUGCUUCACAUAGGGUGCCACACUACACUAACUGUUACAAUUAAAUGUCUUUUCAUUCCAAAUAACAUGCAUUCUUCAUUUUGUAAACAAAGUACCUUGUGAUUGCUAGGGCUAUACAGCAGAGGCUCAAUAAUAAAUAUUUAUUUUUAAAUCUCACAUGACACAUAUGGUUCUAAAUCAAAAACAAAACAAAAACAAUUGUGUGCACGACUGAAAAAUACAAAGUAUAUUUAUGAGCCAAGAAUACAUAUUGAGGUAUGAUACAGCAACCUAUAAACCUAAUGACUUUUUUAUUCUGUGCUAUAUCCAAUGGCUAAAAAUGAUUUAAGUCUAGAAUUAACUAUUGCUCCCAUACACCAAGGAACUUAGUACACCAAGAUUAACACUCAAUAUACGUGUGCAGUGUUUUGUAUUGAUCUAAACUAAAGCUUGCACGUUUCAAACGUUUCUGGAGCACAGUAAUAAACUAUACAGAGAGACAGAAACUGUCUGGAUAACACUGAUUUUUUUGACAGCUAUUUAGUGUGGAAUACUUUAUUUUUAAACUAGAAAUAUAUUGCAUGAUCAUUAAAAUAUAUUUAACUUUACUUAAGUGUUUAUGAUGCUGUCUGCAGGCGGUGUAAAAAUAUAUGUUUUAGCAAUGCUGCUAGAAAAUGAUCCAGAAAGGUAAAUGUUCGUUUGUUGUUGUGUUUCAGGAACUAUGUAUGGGAACCACGGCAGGAGAGGAAGACAGACUUAUACAAGAUAUCAAACUCUAGAAUUGGAAAAAGAAUUUCAUUUUAAUAGGUACCUGACUAGGAGAAGGAGGAUUGAGAUUGCAAAUGCACUCUGCUUAACAGAACGACAGAUUAAAAUAUGGUUUCAAAACAGGAGAAUGAAAUGGAAAAAAGAAAGUAAACUUAUAAAUUCAACAGAACCCAACAACGACACAGGAGAGGACAAACCUGGAGAGCACAGUAACACUUAAUAUCAGCCAGCAGGCCUCCCAGUAUUUGAUCUAAAUGCUGUACCCUGAUGUUCUGUGUACCCCCCCCCCACCCCCCCCAUCUUGUAUAUUAAAACCACAAAGAAUAAGACUCACCUUAUUUCACACCCAGCUGUAAAUGUAGGACUCCUCUGGUAGCUUAAGCAUGUAUAUGAUUUUAAUUUAAAUUGUAUAAAGUAAAAAAAAAAAAAAGCAGCUGGCCAUGUGGAUAUGCAAAAAUAAUGCACUGUAAGUCUGGGUUGUGUUUUAUUUUAUUUUAUUAUAUUAUAUUUUAUUUCCUAUGUGAUGAUUACCAAUGGCUGCACUAUAGUGAACCCAAGAGCAGGGACAAUACAAAGAUUUUCUGCAAAUUGCACUGUGUCCUGCAAGGUAUAUGCAGAAACUGGAUUGGCAUUAAAUAAGGAUUUACCGUUUAAACGUUAUACAAUACAGUAUCUCUUUUUUUUAUUGCACUCUCUGCAAAGAAAUUUACAUGGUGAUAGGAAAAAAACUCCCUUAAUUUUUUAUUUUUUUUUACAAAAAUCCCUAAAAUUUUUUUGCCUAAAACGGAAGUCUGAGCCAUCCUGUUAUUCCCAGACUCUGGACAAAAUGUGAAUGUCAACUCUGACCAUUCUUGAUUUACAAUAGAGUUUGAAAGGCAGUGAAUAUUUCUAACGGUAUCUGAAAAGCAACAAUUUCCAUGUGAGAUUUAAUACGAGAAAUGCACAUUGUGUGACUGCUUGUUUCUAUUUAAUAUAUGGACAUAUAGGUGCACCUUGCAAACUACAACAUUUACAGGUUUUGUUAGGUAGAUAUCCAUUUGAGUUGAAUUCUGUUGAUUUUAAUGUCGAAACAAAUAUUUUUAGUUCCUGCAAAUAUCCUUUCCCAAAAUAAAAGGUUCGGUGCUAUUUCCUGCUAUUUUAAAUAUAUACAUAUAUAUAAAACAUAUAAGGAAAUGCACCCACCCUAAUGUAAUAUUUAUUGGGAACAGUGGCCUUUUAUACGAUGUUUUAUUUAAAAGGGGGGUUAUUUUAAAAAUCUGUUCGAAUACAAAAUAACCCCAAAGUCGUGUUGACAUAUAUAGCGAUCUCUUACAAUGGCUCUGACAUAAUUAGCGCUGACAGUAUCGCCUCUUCCUAUGGAUAUCGACCGCUGACAAUGCAAAUGUGUGGACAGUUGUGCCAGAUUUAGAGGAAAUGCAUUAGUGAAUACAAACAUCGCGGAUAAAAUAGAGUGAAAUAUAAAUAUAUAUAUAUAUAUAUUGAUGGAAACAUUUGUUUUUUGAAAGACAAUGUUAAAGCUGCACCCUUUUUGUCCAAUAUUUCGGUAUUAAUGUGCUAGUUUGUGAACUGUGAGCUGUCUGAGAGCCGGUACAUUUGGUAUUCACUAAUGGGAGCUGUGAGAGAGAGAGAGUGGGGGGGGGGAUGCAAUAAUUUACUGUAAUGGGAUGUAACCUCAAUUCGACCCCAGUCCUGCCAAACUCAGUCCCAAUGCUGGCUGCAAAAGGCUUGCAGUACCACGCGGCUGUCCAGGUGGUGGCGCUCGAGUCUGCGCGAAGUUCUCCUGCGAGAGGCGGGCUCGCGCCCACACGCUCGCUCCCACGUUGCAGCCUCCCAGCUCCCUCUUCACCAGUACACCAGUUUACCUCUAGAGGUCAUCAUGGAAGGAUUUACGACUGGACAACAAAAGCACGUGAUGCCAAGUCGUACCCCAUAUUUGGGUGCCUACGUAGGAGGGAACCAAGUACAUGUCCCAGUCAUUUCCAUAAUUCAUCAUAAAUUGUGCAAAGGGUGCUAUAGACGCACAAAACGACCAAGAACCACAAAUCAAGCACACACAUCAAAAAACAAAUGAGCUCUUAUUUUGUAAACUCAUUUUGCGGUCGCUAUCCAAAUGGCCCGGACUACCAGUUACAUAAUUAUGGAGAUCACAGCUCGGUGAGCGAGCAAUACAGGGAUUCGGCGACCAUGCAUUCCAGCAGGUACGGAUACGGCUACAAUGGCAUGGACCUUAGCGUGGGGAGAUCAGCUAACAACCACUUUAGUGCCAAUGACAGAGCAAGGAGUUACCCACCCAAUGCUGCCUCCACCACUGAGGCGAGGUACAACCAACCUGCAACCUCCUCACACUCUCCUCCACCUGACCCAAUCCCUUGCACUGCUGUGGCCAAUUCGGCUGUCAGCGAGAGUCACCCAGGAGUCAAAAACUCUAUAACAAACUCAAACGGCAACAGUGGCAGCAACAACAGCAACAACAGCAACAAUUCGAACACUGUCAGCAGCAAUAUCAGCAAUAGCAACAACACUCACAUAAACAGAGAAGGGCUGGGGGCUUCUUCAUCUGGUGCUGAAGAUGACACACCAGCCAGCAGCGACCAGACAAGUUCACAGAAUGGCCAAAGCCCAGCUACAUCAGUCCAGCCCCAGAUCUACCCUUGGAUGAGAAAACUGCACAUAAGCCAUGGUAAAUAAUACUAAAAAAUAGAUAAAUAUUUUUUGUUUAUGCUUUUAUUCCCCCCCCCUCCCCCUCCACCUUCCCCUAUUUUUUGUGAUUAAUAAAUAUUGAAUAAGGCUAUAAGUGUAUGUAUUGAUAGGGUGAGGAGGAGGUGUCAAAGUUGUUCUUGAAUUUUCUAUGUUUAGAUAUUUUAUUUGGGAGUGGGGGGGACUUCACAAUGUGUAAAGAAACAAGUUGAAGGGGGUAUUUGGCAAAUGUUAAAUAUAUCAGGUUUAAUAGGAAAUGUAAAUUUAUUUUUUUAAAUAAAAGGAAAUGUUGGGAGGAGGAUGUGUGACUGUCAGUAAUUUUAGUAAAAUACUUCAAUGAGAUACUUUCUAAUUAAAGUCUGAUUUACGACAUUGAUAAUGCAUAAUUUAAGAUAGCACUAAAAUUAGAAGCCAAAACAGUGUCAACUCAACAUAGCCUGUUUAAAUAUCUUCAUGAAAAAUGUAUAUCGUUUUAGCUACAUCAUUGGGGUGUUUAUAUAGUACUGCCAAACACAGGCAUAGUAAAGAAUAAAAAACACUGUUACCCCCUAAAAAAUUGGACAUGUAUAACUCUUAUCAUGGGGUGUCAGAAAUGUUUAAAAAUAUGAAUUUUGCCUUAACUUUGUCCCCUAUUUUCCUUUUAUAUCUCUCCUCAAAUCUUUCCUGGUUUUGGGCUUCUUAUUUAUGAUUUAUUUUUUUCCAGAUAACAUAGGGGGUCCAGAGGGAAAAAGAGCCAGAACAGCUUAUACUCGCUAUCAAACUCUGGAGUUGGAGAAAGAAUUUCACUUCAAUAGGUACCUGACACGCAGAAGGAGAAUUGAAAUAGCACAUGCUCUUUGCCUCUCUGAGAGACAAAUUAAAAUCUGGUUUCAGAACAGAAGGAUGAAGUGGAAAAAGGACAACAAAUUGAAAAGUAUGAGCAUGGCUGCUGCUGGGGGGGCUUUUCGCCCCUAAAAAUCAAAUCAAUGAAAAGUACUGAUUUAGUAUUAGCUAAACAUGUAUAUUGUUAACACGACUUUCUAGAACUCUUCCUUGUGACUUCUGUGAAGCACCCCCCCUUUACUCAUGUUUUUGUCCCCCAACCCCAAUUCUAGCCAUGAGCUUUUUAUCUGGGUGAAAUAGCUAAGGAUCAGAAGAAAAAAAAAAUAACAAAAAAAAAAAUGCUUUAUGUAAAUGUUUUUGGUUGUUUUUUUUUUUUGCCAUGUCUUGAAAUGUAAAUGUUUUAAAUUAUUUGAGUAUGUAAAGCGCUCUCUGUUACUUGAAGUAACUGUAAAAAAAAAUGUUUAAUAUUACAAUUGUUCAGUGUUGCAUUGGAUUUGCAAAAUCGGUAUAUGUUCGUACAGUGUGAAUACGUCUGAAUGCCUAUUAAAAAAAUGUCUAGCCAAAAUUUCAUGAAACUACCUAUAAUUCCAGUGAAAAUAACUAUGUUGUAGAGGUGACUUGUUCAAUCCAAUUUAUCUUGUGAUCGUGUGGUGAGUAGUUAAAAAUGAUGUUUCAGAAACUGUUACCACAAGCAGUCUGUCCUAUCUGUGCCUUUGUAUACAGUGAAUCUCUGCACGACCCCUUAAAGUGGCUGUGGUCGCAGCUUAAUGUAUGUUAAUAUGUGUUUUGUUCAUAAAGCUAAUGAUUUAGUCCUAGCUUGGCUGUUUGAGCAGUUGUUAAAACUUUUUUUGUACUUGUUUUAAUUCCUUUUUUAAAAAAAAUAAAAAUAAAAAUGAAGGAAAAAAAUACACAUGACUGGAAACAAGUAAAAAAACAAAACAAUAAAAAAAAACAUUAAAUAAAAUAAAUGAAAAAAUAAACUUUCUAAUGAUCCUUUUUGUUUUGCUUAUCUGAGAAGAAUGGGAUUAGAACCUGUUUUUAUUGUGUGCAUGUUGAUUGAUGGAUAACUGUAUUGCUUUGUAAAAGUUAGAUAGAAGGCCAAUGGCACGAUUAGUAUUCAGUAUUUAAAAUGUAUAUAUUAUAUAGGUGUUAUAGAAGCCUAAUGUCUCAUAUGGGGGAAGAAUUAGGGUUACUUUGCCAAGUGUAAUUGUAAAAUAACUUAUAAUAUAAUUGGGGACUCUGCUUAAUUGUAUUAUUAUAACCCAGAGGCUUUGUUUUAAUACACUUCUGUAAUGAUCAGAAAUUUCACCAAUGAUGCCAAAAUUUCACCAGCACACCUAACCCUCCCAAGCCUUUUAAAAUAUGCACUUACCUUGGACGUGUAACUCCUCAGCCUGUAUGUAAUGCAAGUGAAAGGAAACCCUUUGCUAAGUGCUUACAUUCUUGCCUGGCCUAAGUUAUAUGACAGUAAACUUUAUAAGCCCUAGUUCCGGCUAUGUGACAUUUGGAUGCCAAAUGAAUAGGGUUUUGUCUAUGAAUUAGGAUCGUAAAAUCGUCCAUAGCACAGACAGAUAGGCUCACUGGCUAUAAAAAAGUCACGUGGUGCUAUUAAACUAAGUUUUAUGGUUUUGGGGAGUAGACAUCCACGAUUAUAUACCACAUAUCAUAUAAUCUCACUGAUCCUGGACAUCAUUUGGAUUUUAGCAGGACACGUAAGGCUGGCAGACAGCACCUAUUAAAUAUUAGAAUAGUAUUUCCACUUCAGAUAUUCUAAACCUGGUAUCUGUCACACUACAAAGAAAGGUAAGUUUUCUUCAUGUCCUUAUAUUUAAUUUGUUUUUGUAUUUGCUGUGUGUAUGUGUAUGUGUUUAUAUAUGUAUAUCUGUGUGUAAGUAUAUAUGUAUUUAUUUAUUUGUGUUUAUGCAUGUAUUUAGUAAGUUAACAAUUAGCACUGCAAGUUAAUUGGAGAAAUAAAUAUUAACAAUAAGGCCCAUUCUUAAUUACUUUUACUGGCCUUACUUGUACAAAAUGAAAUUAGCAAUAAUGCCCAGUUGGGCUCUAUACUAAAUUAUCCAAUUAGUAGUUUUUUUGCUUUUUUUAAUUUAUUGUUUUAAUUGUGGACAGUUUAAAAGUCUUUUGGUCCAGUCCCAUCAAGGCACAUGGUUUGUCCUAAGUGACUUUGUUCUUAAUGCACGAUUUGAGAUGAAUCUGAAGAGAUGUUUAUGGCAAACAGAUUAGCAGGUUUCCUGAAGUGCUUCAUAAGAUCAGUAUUUACCUUACAAUAUACGUAGUCAGUACAACAAGAUUCUUAUCUGCCCCCCCAAAAAACGAAAGUGGGUCAUUUGAAAGGCAGCUGUUCCAAGCAGCAAAUGAUAUUGAAAAAAACAAACACGUCCAAAUAUCCUAAAGAUAUGCUCAGAGUUUUCCCAUUUCUGGCUUAGAAUGGAAUCUGGAUAGGCCCCAGCUGUGUUUAACUAAACACUGUGUUUCAGUCCAUAGCUGAGUUCACACUGCAGUGUGAUUAGUCAGCAAUGAACUUUCUGACCGGAUUUUAGUUUAGCCUAAAAUAAGUGCUAAAAUAAGGGGGUGAAGGGGGGUCUAUUGGGGGCAAAAGGGGGUCCUUAGUUUCCUUAGUUUCAUUUGCCUGACUUGGGAAGAAAUUAUUUGGAAACAUGGUUUAUUGAAGCUACAUUUUCAUUCUUGUGAUUUGCCAUAAUAUCUAACAAUAUUCUUUAACUUUUCUUAAGCCCAGGUAGAAUAACCAUUUGAGCCAUACAUCCUAAUUAUUCCAGCAAGCUGUUUGUAUCCUCACGGGCUGUUUGUACUGGUGGUGUGAGGACAAGAGUUCAAACAAGCUGUGAACCUUUAUAGGUGACAGAGGGAAACAUUUGGUUCAUUGAAGGCUUCCUGCCCAAGUCUUGGUUCUCUUUGUGAUCAAACAUCCAAAAUUAACAUAAAAUAUGACCCACAAUAUAACUGACCAAGUGGCAUUGUGCUUUUUCCCUUUUCAAAGACCAAUAUGGUUCCACCAGGGUCAUCCACUUGCAUUUGCCUUAACCAAAAACCUGUGUAAACCCCCAGAUUACCUCUCUUAGCUCAGGCAAUGGGGUCUGUUUUCAAUAAAUAUGAUAAUAUAAGUUCUUUAUAGCAAUUUCACUGCAUACAAAGAUCUAGAAAGACCCUAAACAUCUCUAACGUGUAUUGCAGAAAAUGUUGUGAAUUUUUUUAAAAUUCUUUGUGUUUUCAUUUUUGAUUUUCUAACAAUACAAAGCUUAUAUCUCACAUCAGGAUUUGUCUGUAAGCAAAGCACAUGUCUAUUGUACAGCUGUAAUCUAAAAGGUCACGUUUGUGUAAGGAAAUACUUUUUUUUUUCACGUAUAAUACAAUUCAUUGUUUUAUUUUAUUUAUAUAACAUCCAGGUGUGCAUACGUCAUAUUUAAAAUGUAGUUCAGGAACGCCACCAAUUGUUCUGGGGUUCUAAAAUAUUUAUUUUUAGUAUUUAAGCAUUGCAAAACAAACAUUUCUAUUAGUUAUCUCAAUCUCGCUUCGUAUUUAUUUUAAAAUAUAUAGUUUACAUGAUGAAUUUUGUAAAAAGUCCAUUAUAUAAAGAACGCUAUAAUGGUAUCCGAACAGACGAAAUUCGUGCGAAUUGGAGAUUGUUUUGCAAUUCGGUUAUUGUGGCCUAUAUGUCUUAAUUCAUUUAUCAACGAACUACAAUUCUCUGUUUAGUUAGCAGACCCUAUAUGAAUAAAUCUCUGUGCUAUUUUCAAUUGUAUAAUACGCAGACUUAUGUGUACUAUAUAUAUUGAAGUACCUCAGACAGCAAAUGCAUAUUUACAUUUAAAUAUACUCAUUGAUCCAAAAUAGGGAGCUGUCCUCUAAACAGUGAAUUAUCAUGAUUUAAGAACCGGUUUGUAAUAUUUAGAACGCACUAGAGAGCUGGGAACAACCUACAGUUACAAAUGUAACUUAGAGUAUUAAGCCUAAUUAGCUUAAAUCACCACACCACAACUCUGCCCCAUCAUCUAUGAAAACUACAUAAAACAAUGAAUUAAAUAAACUCUGUUAAUGUGAAUGAAAUUCUAGGUAUGACAUUAAUACACUCUCAGGGAACUCUUAUACUAUGUUACUUUAUUUCCACAGCACUUCUUAAAAUGUAACUGUGACAAAAACAUCCCAAAAGUCAACUUGUUAUCAUUUCCUAUACAUCACUAAGCACUAUCAUAUUUCAUGUCCUGUCUUUUUAAGAAUGGCGUGUGACCACUUUUAACCCAUCUGAGUGCCAGAACAAUGUGUUACAUACAGGUUUGGCUGUAAUCAGGGUUAAACUUGGCAUAAACUUCUUUAUUAAAUACUGUCUAAAAAUAAUGAAUUAAAAAUAGAGAAAGAGAGAGUGAGAGAGAGAGAGAGAGAGAGAGAGAGAGAGAGAGAGAAAGAAAAAAGAAUAUAAGUAAGAAAAAUCAAUCUGUAAACAUUGCUAAUCAGCCGGAUAUUUAUAUAUUGCUAAUAGUCUAUUUAUUAAUUUUUUUUAAUACACUUUUCCUGUUACAUUGUUUAUUGCUGUCUGGCAGUUUUUAAUGCACAUUAAUGUAUCAAUUAUAUGAAAAACAUGUAUCUAUCUAUCUAUAUAUCUAUCUAUCUAUUAUCAUAUUGCAUGCUUUAAGUUGCUUUUGUGUAACGUUUUCAGCUUUUUUGCCCUUUGAAAAUAAUAUUUACUCAACGUUGCUGUUCAAACAAUUGCGAUUCUGUGAGACAGCCCUGCUUAAGGUGAAGACUGUCAAGGCUUAACAAAUCGCAGCUCCCCCAGUUCACUGCCAGGUUAAGUAAAUGCAGAAAAGAUAAAUCUGCAAACCCUACAACUCACCAGCAGAGCUCGCUUUAGACCAAGUUCAUCGACAACACAGUUGCCUAUGCAAGCUUUUUUUUUUUUUUUUUUUUAUUAUUUUAACAAAAGUACUGCCUUUUACCAUGCAAGUAUAUUAAAGUAAAUGAAAUGCAGGAAUAAUCAGCUAAGAUUGGUUUACCAUUUGAAUGUUUAUGCCUGGGCUCAGUUUACAGAUUUCAUGUUGAUUAGGGGAAGCAGAUACAUCCAAGAAGGUUAUUGUUCCUUUUUUUUAUAUUUUUUUGUUUAAAAGUCAUUGUUUAUAGGCAGCUUGUGAAUGUCUGUGUAUGCUCGAUGGUAAUUUUGUAACAGUGUAAAGAUAGAUUUUUCAGGGAUGGAGAUCUGUGUUUGAUCAAACAGAAAGAGUGGUAAACAGGUAAAAAAAAAAAAUCUCUUUAAACUGAAGGGUUUUGUAUGUUCAUGGAUUCAAUGGUACAACUGCAAGUCAAAAAGUUAAAGGUCAAAAGUUUACACUUUGCGCUAGUCUAAGUCAUCUAUUCAGCCUAAGUUUGAUGUCAAUGUUAUAGUGGAGAUUUUGGUCAUCAGUACAAUAGAUAAAACGUGCUUUAGGUACACUAGCAACCAGGAUUGUACUCCUGGUGAACUCCAGCGGUUGUGUGACCUUAAUUACUAAUGCAAGGCUAGAAAAAUGAGUCUUUUCAAUAGCUUCAAUCGUAUUUCAACAUGAGCUAUCAGCUACAUGGUUUGAAUGAAAUUGUUCUAUUUGUAGAAGGUAGACAUAAAACUUGUUUUCUAAAAUAAGAGAUCACAGGCUUUCCAGUAAUAUAGCCCCAUUUUCGUUUGCAGAUGGAAUGGAAUUGAUCAAUAUGAGCAAGUUUAUUCUUUAUUUAACUCUAUAUAGUGAAAUUUCAAUUUAAAAAAAUAAAAAUAAAAUUCGAUUUUUAAAUCGAACAUAAAUCUGAGUCAGGAAUGGAGUUUUUGUUAACGGUGUCAUUUCUGGGAAUAUUAAUAUAAUAUUCAAUUUCAAACAUGCCAUGAAUUAUGAUAAAAUAAUUUAUUGAGGUCUAUUUGCUAAAACAAGUAAAAAAAAUAUAUAUUCAUAUUUAGAGAUCAUAGAUUUACGUUUCACCAAACAGAAUUUUAUUUGCAAAUAUUUUUUUUUCUCCAAAUGUAAGAUAUAAACCAGCCUGUGGGUUAAAGAAAGAGAAAAGAUGGUAAAUAUCACCUUUAUUAAGACAAAACAUAUAUGUUCUAAAAGAAAAGUCAUGUAAUAAUCAUAUUCACGAAAUGUAAAGAAUUAAAAUAUAUUGUCCCAAGAAAAAAUUAUAUUUUCAACUGAAAUAAACAUUACAUUUUAAAAGCAAUCCUAAAUCGAUCAUUUAUUUUUUUUUGUUGUUGUAUAUGUAACGUAAAAAUGUUUGAGUACUUUUUGUAUUUUGUUGUGGGUUUUUUUUUUUUGUUUGUUUUGAAGAUAAAUUACUUGUUUUAUUCCCUGGCCUCUGCAGAUGUCCAUUAAUCACGAAAUAAAUGCUUCCAGAUUUUCUAUAAUGAAGGGAAUUCGAGGCAUUUUUGAGUAGCCUGGAUGGUGAAUUUUAAUGAAAAGCCCUUGUACCGUGCUUAAUAUUGCAAUAGUGUAACAAACUAAACACUUACAGGGUCUGGUCCAUGCCCCCCUACCAGCUAUCUUCCUCAAUGAGGUCACUUGGGCUUGCAUGGGCUUCCAAUCACCAAGAGUGAUACAUUUCAUAACCUUUCUAAUGUGUACUUUUUAUAUUGUUUAUUCUUAAUUUUCUGUCAGGAGAGGUGACAUGGCAGAAACACCCUGCUGUCUUAAAAACACUUGGUGGACCUUUCAGAAAAAAGUUAAGUCCAAGGCUGAGGUGAACUUCAGGUCAUCGAGUCUAACUAAUAUGAAAAUGUCGCCUGGUGAACUGCAAUCCUCCUUACUUAACAAAGACUGUCAAUGGGGAAGAUUAAUACGAAAUAAAAAUGCACACGGUGUCACUUCUCGGUCACUUGAACGAGCUGUGGGUUCCUUGAUGCAAGAAAUGUGCACGAUGUAUGUGGAUAACAGAAAUAACAGAACGAAAAAUAUACAGAAAUAUAGAAUAUUUUAAACGAUUGACAAACACCAGCGAUCAGAACCAUCGAUUGUAUUUAAUUGUAAGCACAGGCAUUGUUUUAUUUUCAAUUUUAGUUUACAUUGUAUUUAUUAUUAUUUUUUUACAGAUAAAAAUCAAAUGUCUAACAAAGGCGGACAUGCACGAGAAGUCUGGAUAUGGGGAUCUUCCUGGCAUAUAGGUAAGAUCUUUGCUUAAAUUCACUUUUCUUCUUGUUGCAAUAAUUUUAGAGGGUAGAGAAACACAGAUGCCGCAAUAAACUAAAAGUUUAAAUGUCAAUAAUAAAACAACAGUUAAAAUACAAAUGAUUUAUUUAUUUAUUUUUAUUAAAGGGGAUCUGGUUUCUGUAAAAAUCAAGAUAUCGAUGUUUUCUGAAGGUCUGAUCUCGUUGUUUAAUAAAAUCUGAGAUAACAACAAAUCUUGCAGUGCAAUGUUUAGAUGUUGGUCUGCAAGAUACAUUUUUGGCGAAGCAAGAUAAACCGCACAAAGGCCUUCUGAAACUGUAUUUUGUAAUAGAGAGAUAACACCCCACAAGAAGGGCAGGAUCACCCCAGUUUUGUGAAAUCGUGACCUCUGUGUGUUUUUAAGGCAGCGCCAAAACGAGAACCAUCACUGUCAAGGUGUAAAAAAAUAAAUAAAUAAAGAAUUAAUCACAAAUGGUUAAAAGAAGCAAAUAUUUUGCAAUAGAACAUUGGAGUAAACAGGCAUUUAUUUAUGAUGUAAAUGUGUCUUGUGUUUACACAAACAUAUUAAAAGGAAAUAUAUAUCGUAUAGCCCAGAGUUUUGCUUUCCAGAGUAUACUGCCCUGUGUGGCCAUGUAAGGUUCUUUAUAAUCCCCCACAGUUAUUUUACUGUUUGCUGGUUUUAUUGCCCAAAAUAAUCCAAUUUCUAACCUCAGAGUCCUCACAGUCUCACACACUCUCUCUUCUUGUUAACCUUAAUAAUAUUUUAUUUAAUACAGCUGCAAAUGCCAUUUCUAAAUGGUUCAGCAUGUUAAAGUCUCCCAGAAAACACGUGCUCUUCACAGAAAGAGAUUUUAUGCAAAAUUUAAGGUGUAUUACUUUCAGUUAUUAACACCCAAACUUCGCUGUCUCUUUAAAUAUAUUCAUUAGUGCAUUCUGUUAUUUAUUUAAAAAAACAAAAUAUAUAUGUACUUAUAUUUUGUCUCAGUUAUUUCAUCAACAUCGAAGAACAGCAGAUAGCAAAAAUAAUUGAUUUUUAAUAAAAUACUGUCUUCACAGUAGAAUGUAAAUUAAUAUUACUUAAAUAUAAUGCAACAUCUGUGGCAUCUAUGCUUCACAUAGCAAGAUCAAUAUACAUUCUAUAUCUAUCUAUCUCUCUCUCUAUCUAUCUAUCUAUCUAUCUAAUUCUCUCUCUCUCUCUCUCUCUCUCUCUCUCUCUCUCUAUCUAUCUAUCUAUCUAUCUAUCUGUCUGUCAUAUAAAUUAAUGUAAAUAAUAUACCUCAUAAAUUAUUACACACCGAAAUCCAGGGUUUUCCUUAACACAAAAGUGGCCUGUAGUGGCUUUACCAUAAUGAUACAGACUAAUCGUUUGCAUGUCUUUACCACUGUCUAUAAAUAGUUUACAUACAUGCUCUGAACACUGGAAUGUUCUAAAUAUACUCUGCCUUCCCAUUUCACGAUGCAAUUUAUUUUAAAGAUUUUUUUUAUUCUGGCUAAACGAGUCUAUAAGUUUCAGCUGUCAGAAAACUGCUCAUAGUUUCCCUCUCUUCUUAAAUCUUCCCCCAAUAAAAUGUUAUAUUUAUUGUAUGUGUAAAUACAUACUUGUGCAAAUGUAGAGGUUUUUUGUGUGCUUUUUAUCCACCCUACAGCUAAUCAUGAGUGCCUUGCUUUAAAAGCCAAGGUUAUAUGACAAUAAUACCCAAGCAAAAGUAAGUAGCCCUUGUAUUUUAAGAUAACCCCAAAACGCAUAUGUGCACAAUUAUUUUUGGUUGUCUCUUGCAGCAUAUGGGAUGUCUCAAACUGAUUUUGCUUUCAUCUGAACAUGUAAUCCUCCUAGCAUGAAAAAGGAAGAUAACUAAUUCAUGCAUUGUGGAAUUUAUUGCAGGGUUACACAAGCCUCCCUUACUUUGGAGAGUGCUAACUCACAGGCCGUUUGUUGCUGUCAAAAAAAUUAGCAUUCAUGAAAAAAACAACUUCUCGGGUACCUGAUCCCCUUGUUACCAGACAGAUGAAGACAGUAAAAGUAAUAUUUACUCAGUUAAGGUAAAGUACUAUUCAUUUGACCAAGUAAUGUGCUGUAGAGACUGGGUGAGAUAUUUUGAAAUAUUUAGCUCGCAGGGUACAGAUCUAAGCUCUGCCCUUCAAUCCAUUGUGCAAAUUUAAACUUCAGACCUGACAUAUUAGCUGCACUGAUAUUGCCAAACACAUCGAUUGUGCUUUUGCCAUUGUCUACAAAACAAACAAUCAAAUAAACAAAUGUUACAUUUUAUUGGGUGUGCUUCUACAAAGUAUGCCACAGGCAACAUUUUCCCUUAUUCAAGGUGAAUGACCUCAGCAAUAUUUAUCAAAACAUAACCUGUGGAGCUUGGUUUUUAAACGCCUUGUAUUUGCAAGACUUGAUUAUGGAUUUUCUACAAAGCAACAAAAAGAAAUCUCAGGUACAGAAAAAUGCACUCAUCCCUGUUCCAGAGGAUUCCUGUUACAUACAAAGACUUGAAGAUCUAGUGAAAUUCUCUCCCAACCACCUAAUGACUACACAUAACAGCCAUAAAGCAUUACUGUAUUUGUCCUUUGCUCCCCCUCCCCCACAACGCUUUUGGCUUCUGGUAUCUUACUUUAAGAAGACAGAAUGUGUUAUCAGCCCAAGCACGAAACUGUUCUCUAGGAUUCCAUUAUAGAAUCAUUAAGGAUCCACUCCUUGUCUAAUAGGGACCCCUCCCUCCCCAGUUCAUGUAUGUAUGUAUGUAUGGGUUGCCUGACUAGUGGAUUAGAUUUCUAUAUGACUGAUGGCUUAGUUCAUGUUUGCUUCUCUGCCUAUAGCUGUUAUGAUCAUUGUGAUUGCUACUUAAUAUUAGCAUUUAUGUUAUUGACCCAUAGCUAUGUUUUCCCUUAUUAUAUAUAUAUAUUUUAAUGUUUUUUUAUUUUUGGUGUAUUUUUUUCCCCCCUUGAACCUCUGGCUGUAAUUUAAUAGUGAGGAUGAUCCAGAGGCUCCAGUUAAGUGUAUGAGGAUCUGGCUGCCACAGCAUUUAUCAUCCUUGUGUUUCCUUAUCCGGGGUCCAGGGGAGCGCUAUGAUUGGCCCGCCGGGUCACGUGCCCUGCUAACUUUGCACACUUGACAGGCAGUAGGAGGGUUCUGAGCAGAACAGAAAAACGACAACGCGAGAAAAAUUAGUAUUUUUUUGUUGCCCUUCCACAAAUUAAUGGCCAUGAGUUCGUUUUUGAUAAACUCCAACUACAUCGAGCCCAAAUUCCCACCCUGCGAAGAGUAUGCCCAAAACAACUACUUGCACAGCCAGUCUCCCGAGUACUACGAGCGGCCGAGGGAGCCCGGCUAUGAGGCUCCUCCCGAAGCUCUGUACCAGGGUCCGGGUACCUACCCUGAGACCAGCUAUGGAUACAACCACAUCACCCCCAGCCACGAGCCCGGCUCCCUCCCGGAUGGAAUCACAGGCAAGACACAUGGACAGCCACCAGCACCACCACCACCAGCAGCCUCAGCACUCCUCCAGAGCCACGUCCUCAGGCAGCCACCCCAGCACUGUGAGGCUAUGGCUGUGCCUGGUGGUGACCCCAUCCACACUGACAAAACUGCUCCAGGGCUCAAGUGCAAAGAGCCAGUGGUUUACCCUUGGAUGAAGAAGAUCCAUGUGAACACAGGUGAGAUAGCAACACCACUGCUAUGAGUAGGACCACCACCACCACCAGUUUCACCAUACACCAUGCCAUAGGGGAGGGGGUGAGGUGGGUUGUGUGUUGGCCAUGGGAGCAGAGAGCCACACUUUAAUAGCAAAGUGUCUUUAAACUAGUGGAUUUAUUAGAGUCAAUCUGCUUAGAAAGUAAUUACAGAUCACAUAAAUGUAAUUGCCCUACCAAUGACACUGGGCCAUGUGCCUUUGAUGUUUUCAGUAUCCCCCAAGCCCCAUCAACAUAUUUUAUGGCUUUCUGUUGUUUUCCUUUUGUCAGAAGCAUGUGAAUCACUUUCAUUUCAGACUGUAUGUAGCUCAACUGAACAAUGGUGUCCAGUCAUUAACGAAUGAUUAUCUUCUAUUUUGUUUCUUUUUUUUCUUUUAUUUAUUUAUUUUUGGUUAGUUUCUACAAAUUACACUGGAGGGGAGCCCAAAAGGUCUCGGACUGCAUACACCAGACAGCAAGUAUUAGAAUUGGAAAAGGAGUUUCACUUUAACCGUUACCUUACCAGACGAAGGCGAAUUGAAAUAGCACAUACGUUGUGUCUCUCUGAGCGUCAAGUCAAAAUAUGGUUUCAAAACAGAAGGAUGAAGUGGAAGAAAGAUCACAAAUUGCCCAAUACCAAGAUGCGUUCUGCAAACCCUCCAUCUUCCAGUCAGCUGACCAAAGUACAGGGUCUUCAGCACACAGAUGGGCCAACUGACCCUUUAUUAUAAUCCUUAAUUGUAUUAUUCCUAUUGCUGGUAAUCAUUUGGACCAAAUGACUGUGGAGGGGGAAAAAAUCUCCUUGCUAGAGUUGGAUAGACACCAGGACAAAUGUUCCCUUAAUUAAGGAAUUCAACUGAGACUUGCAUUUUUUUUUAAUAUUUUUUUUUUAUUGUUGUGCUAUUUAAGUCAUUGUCUCCAUAUAAUAUAACUAAGGGGUAUAUGUGUAUAUGAAUAUUGACAUAUUGUUGAGUGGCUACAUAGGUAACGAACUAUUUUGUAUACAAAAUACAAAAUAACACAAAUACGUCUAUGAAAUACUAUGUAAUAAUUAUAUGGGCCAUUUAAUUGUAUUAUACUUUUUUAUUAUUAUUAUUUUAAAUAGUUGUGGGUAUUUAAGAAACCAAACUUUUUUAUGAUUUAUUUAAUGGUCUUUGGAACUGCUCACCUACGGACAUUAAGAUGUUGGACUUGUAAAUAUUGGUCAGAGUAAUUGAAUUUAUGUUAGACACAAAAUUAUUGUCUCUUGCUUAGUUGCUUAUCUGAGGCCAAUAUGUGUUUGACAUGUCUCUAGAAUCUUAGCAUUACGGUAGAAGGCCUUUGAUCGUCUGAAAGGCGAUGACAUAGUGUAGAUACAGUAUGCGUUAUACAUAUUGUGGAUUUUGUGCUGUAUAUUGUGGUGCUAACUUCUGGCAGUACCGAAGAUUAUUCUGUGAAAAUUAAAGUUUUCAAAAACCUGCAAAAAAACUGUUUUUGGAGAGUACUUAAAUUGUAUCUCAUUUAUGCAUUCAAACCUCCACUGAAACACAGUGAUAUAUUCUUUAAUUUAGUAAAGACUGGGAUAAAAACAAACGUUGACGAUCUGGUUAGAUAAAAAAAACUAAAUAUUUUGAACCUUUACUCACCUUAACGUAAAUUCUAAGCACCUAAUAUUUAGGAGGGGUAGUUGUAGGGUAUUAAGUCUUAACAAUAUUAAUGUGCAUGCACUUUUUGAAUAUAUAUUUUCAGAAAUUAUAUAUAUAUAUAUAAUUAUAUAUUUAUAUUUUUAUUAUAAAUAUAUAUAUAUAUAUAUAAAUUUAUUUUUAUUAUUAUUAUUUUAAUUAUUUUUUUAUUUAGGCAUUUGAAAAUAUAGUUGGUGUUCUUUUUACAAACUGAUAACAGAUAGGCAGUCUAACAGGGAGAAACUCAAUUAAUAUUACAUUUCUGUCCUACUGAGAACUCUUAUUUAAUAAAUAUUUGUGGAUACAUUGUCGUUACAGUAAAUACAAUGAUUACAAGGCAAGUUAAAUUAGGAUUUCGUGAUGGAACAAUGAGAUUCUCAUUUUAAGUGUGUCUGCUCACGUUUUUAAUAAGUUGCUAUCAGCUUUUACUUUAUAGUUAGCUAGAUUUUCAUGGGGAGAGCCAUCUAUGUAGCUACACACUUUUCCAUAUUGUCUGAGAGCUAAUGACAACUUUAAUGUGCUAAACGUGUUAUUGUAUUCUAUUAACAUUGUAAUAUUUGCCAACAAUAGUUGCUCUGUUGAUAACAUAUUUGUACUUUACCAGAACUUUGGAGGAUUUCCUUUGGAUAACAAUGUCUGUGGAAGUGGGCUGAAAUGGCUUCGAAAAAUGCAGCUAUCACUGAUGGGUCAACAAUAUAUGAAGCAGUUAAACAUGUUCUCUGUGAAAUUGAAGGAUAAAUCCUGAUGUCCCAUGAAUACUAAGGUAAAGUAAUUUACUUGUAUUUAUGUAUGUGUUUGUUUGUCUGUGUGUUUGUUUGUGUAUUCACUGCAAACGUGUCUAUAAUCAUGAAAAUGGUUACUGACCCAAUGUACUUUUAUUCCUGAUAUAUUUAAUUUUAGUCCUAAGAUUUGUGUGCCUGUUCUUUACCCUCUCACAUUGUCUGCCCUUUUCUAAGGCAACCAGGGUUCACAGAGAGGACACGGAUUCUGUCUAUUGAUUGUUUUUUUAGAGAUGCAAGCUGACCCUCAAACCCUUGACCUUUAGGGUAGAAUUCCAUGUAAGAUGAGAAAUCCCAUUUUCUGUAAAUUUCUGCCUUACAGUCACAAUACUAAUUAUUCCAUCCUUGUUAUAAUAUUCGCUAUAAAUCAGGAGAAUAAGCCCAGGUAAAAUAAGUUUUGUUGCCCUUUGUAUUGUUUAGGUUAUUAUUUUAUUAGUCUCAGUAUAAAUGUUUUUGGUUUUUGUUUGUUCUUGUUGGUUGUUUUUUUUUUUUUUGUUUUGUUUUGUUUUUAAGGCAAAACAUAAUCUAAUCCUCUCAGAUCCUGAUGUUACAACUUUUGAUUUGUUUGAGUCAGAUUUGAAAAUUAAACACAUAAAAUCUAUUUACAUUGUAUCUGCUUUUGGAUGUUAAAGAUAAAAAAAAAAAAAAAACAGUUAAAAUGCAUGAAAAUCACAAGACUGUAAUGCAGCUUGAACAGGAUAGUGUGUUGGGUCUCUGUGCUUAGUUUUUUUUUUAUCUCACUCAACAAACGGGGGUUCUGCCCCCCCUAUGUAUUAUUAAUGUAGCAGUAUGGAAGGUGGAGCUCCAAUUCUAACAAAGAGACAUUGCAGCAUUUUGAAGUAUUGUGAAGCCAAGCCUUUCUGUUUCUGUGUAGCUGUGUUGUUUAGAGUUUUCUGUCAUCUAUAUCCCCCUCUUAUUCUCUCUGAAACCAAUGCCACAGAAUUACACACCCAACGAGCCACCAUUCUCAACUUCACACGUGAAAGCUUCUCAGUUAAUUAUUUAACGAAUUUUCUCUUCUUCCUUGUUUCUACUUUCUAUGUCUCUCUUCCUCUGCCUCUCUCCUGCAUAUGCUAGAUUUUAUAUUCACUUAUUUGUUUUUAUUUGCAAGUUUCAGUGUUUGUUCUAAAAUGGAUCAGUCCAUUACAUUGUUAGAAAUGAUUAGCAAAAUAUAGCUCAAAAUAGGUUGUAAAAACAAACAAACAUUAGAAGUUACAGUAAAAUAGUAGAUGCUCCCACCAGCUCAGUUCUUUUGGCCUAUAAAAAGCUGGUAGGGUUUCAAGUAAACACAACACGUUGUUUGGUGAAUACGUCCCAUGGUCUAUCUCUUCCAUUAUCGCUUUUUGCCUCUGUCUUUCUGUGUCUCUUUCUUCUCCAAUCUAUUUCUCUCUCUCUCUCUCUCUCUCUCUGAUCAUGUCUCUCCAUAGAUCUUUCUGUCACUUUAUCCAUGUUAUUUUAUCUCUCACUACCCCUCUUUACUCCCUCUCCCUUUUUAACCCAUGUUCUUUUUAUUAGGAUAUGACAUCAUAUUGAUCUCAGUCCUACUUGUAAUGUAAUGGUAUUUGUAAAAUAACUAUAUUCUCUUUUUACACUCCUUUUGUAUGUGUUUAUUUGUAUAUGUAUGUAGUUUUCUAUCACUUUGGCUGUCUAUCUAUCUAUCUAUCUAUCUAUCUAUCUAUAUAUAUAUCUCUCUCUUUCUCUCUGUCUGUCUGUCUGUCUAUCUCUCACUCUCUCUUUGUCUGUCUGUCUGUCUGUCUAUCUAUCUAUCCUAGAUAACUCUCAUUUUUGAUAAUACAUGAAUCCUAUGUUUUCCUUCCACAUAAAACCUAUCCUUGUCUCAAAGUUCAGAGAUCUCCCCCUUUUACAUGACAAUUUUAGACCCAAGGUAUAUGCUACUUACAAAUACAUUAAAAAAUGGGAUGUAGUAAUCAUUAAAGAAAAUAAAGCAUAUAGCUGUGAUUUAACUGUGAUUUAACUGUGCUUAUAUAUAUAUAUUAUAAUUAGUUUUGCUAUUGCAUUUUGUGUGGUUAAACCCCUAAAUAACAUCCAGAUUGGUUAUAAAAAGGUCAUAUUUUAAUAUAUAGCUAGGCAAUGCACAAUAUAGUAAUGUGAUUUGUUUAUGUCUGUAAAUGUAAUCCAUUUGAUUAUAUUGUAGUUAGGAAAUAUAAGGAAAUAAUUAUGUGGUUUCCUUUGGUUUGGAAACCCUGAAUAAAGCUGUAAUCUGUUUUGGCUGGGAAUAUAAAGAAAUAACUCUGUCAUUUGAAGAUAAUGCUCUGAUCUAUUUUUGCCUGGAAAUAUAGGGCAGUCAUUUUAUCUAUUUACAUUCUGGAGGAGCAUAUUGCCCUGAUUUAUGUCUCAUGACUGGGGAGGUGGGUUAUUCACAGAAUUAUAUUCCCUGAAUAUUGCAGUGCUGUGAAAUGAAACCCUAAUUACAAAAAUUAGGCCAAAGCAGUCUAGCUAGGGAUAUACCUAUAGUGUGGGGUUUAUUUACUAAACGGUGAAUUGUAGCGACUUGCCAAACAUAAUGGCAAAAUUAUGGGCAAAAUAGUUGGAGUCCAAAGAAUUCUCCACGUUCGAUUGUAUCAUAGAUUUUGAAAUUCGGUUUUCAAUUCACCUAAAGCAAUAUUCAGAGAAUAAAUCUGCCAAUUACUGUACAUCUCACUGGGGAAGCUUAAUGCAAGAUUUGUGUUACCCUUCUGCUGGACAAAUGAACAAAUCAUCAAGGUCUGAAAUAAUUAACCCUUUCAGGGUUUAUGAUGUCCUACUAAGAAUACCCAUUAUAUGUAUAUAAUAUCAUGUCGUAUAUCAGAUCUCUCUGUCAGUCUGUUUGUCUAUCCAUGCUAAAUGAUCUGUGCUGCAAACUUUGGCUGUGACCCCUGGAAACUGAAUGUUUGUAAGCCAAAACUAUUCUUAGUGAAAUUCUAGGGAAGAUAAUAUUGAUUAUUGUUAUAGUUUUUAAGAGGCCAGGAUACAUUUAAUAAAAGUUAAAGAUGUGAUAAAAAAAAAGUUGUAUACUUGAUCAGAUCCUACACAGAUGUACUAGAUGUAGUCUCCCAAAGUAUCAAACAUGGAGUCCUUGCCAAGUGACUUUUUCAAUAAUGAUUGCUGAUCUGCUGAUUGGAACACGCCUUAAAUAUAACCACUAGACAUUUCGGUCUUGUGUCACAUUCCCACCCACUCUUAAAAAAAUCAAAAUAAAACCACAAUCUUUAGUUAGUGUGACUAUGUUUAAAUAUUGACCAAAAAGGAAACAAUAUAGAAUGAUAAGUAACAAGUAUCAGUAUUUGAAUAGUAGAAAUUUUAUAUUAACCUCUUGCAUGCUGUGGGGGGAAAAAGUUGUUAGUUUUCAGGGGGCGUGGUCUUCUCUUGAUGUUGAAUUGCAGGCCACUCUGGCAAGUGAUGGGUUAAUGUGUGCACUGCUGGGUCACUCUGAUAUCUUGUAUAUAUGAUUGAGAACAGAUAAUGCUGUCACCUUUAUUGUCACUUACCUAGAAGUCUGCAUUGCUCACUUCGCUGGUGUUAAUAAAUCACCGGAUUCUGAGCCUGAGGCCUAUAGGGCAAUGGAGAAUCCUGCAUACCAAAUACUUGGGAAGUGUCAUUACUCAGAUCGCUUUAUAUAUGUGUGGAGGUAAAAGUGUCUCUCUGAAUAUUACAUAGCGAGGAAAUUAACACCUUGUCCAAGGAUUUAAAUUCUGUCAACUGCUUUCUGAUUUGUAUCUGAUUUUUUUCUGUGUCACUGAUUCACUGGUCUCUUUAAUACUUACAUAUUUUUUGGCGGUUUUGGUGAUGCCUCUGUGUGUAGUGGUGGUGGGGGGGAAGGGCUCACUGACCCAAGAGAAAAUGCUCAAAGUAGUGAUUUGUGUUCUACAUGGUCCCAUUAAUGUACUCUUUGCUUUAAGCUCCUUGCAGACCUUUUCAUAAAUUACCUUAUCUUUGCAAAAUAGAACCACAUCUUGUACCUUUCUCACAAUACUUGGGUUUUAUUACUUAAAAAUUAGAUGCAACUUCCCUGAACUGAGACACAUUUGUGGUGAAUAUAUUAUUUUGUCACCAAGUGUAGAGACUUGUUUAUAAAUUGAAACAACUCAGAUCGAUAACAGCAUUUAUAUAUUCCUGGAUAAUGUUUUCCUCGUGAUUAAUCACAUUAGGUGUAUUCUGCUCUUUGAAUAGAUGUGCAUUUUUAAAUAUAAUUCACUAUUUUGACCAUUCCAAAUAGUGUAACUAUGAGUGUAUUUACUAAAUAAUGCGAGUUUAAGCCGAGUCUGUCACUGUUUACAAUUACUGGAAUACAAAUCACUCAACAAAACACGUUUGUAUGAAUAUAUAGUUAACUUGGAGUUAAGAUUUAGAAAAUGCACUGAAAGAUAGAAUAGCCCAUGUUUAUUUAACCCGGUUAGAAUUUUACAAAUGGGGUCUUGCUUCAUUGUCAAUGUAGUGGGAACAUUAUUGGUCUCAAACCCCAAAGAGCAGGGAAGCUUCCAGUUAUCAGAAAACCGAUAAAACACUUAAAAAUAUCUAUAAAACUCAAAGUGAUGUAUCUAUUGCGAUUAAAAAUCAUAUUUGAAGGUCCGUGGUCUAUUAUAGUAAUAGUAGGCCCUGACUCAGAGCUAAAACGCAUUCAUUGAUGUAACGUGGUAAAAGGUCCUGUUCAAAUACUGUUGAUCAUUAGACUUGUCAUAAUUAAAGAAAAGUCACAAAUAGUGCAAUAUACAGACAACCUUCAACACCAAGGGCUCUUAAUUAUUAUAAUUUUUUUUAUAUAUAUAUAUAUUUUUUUUUUUUUGCACUGCAUAAGGAGUUAACGCACAGGCUUGAGGUACCCCAACCAAGGGUUCUUUUAAUGGAAUAUUUAGUAUAAUUUAGUAUAUUUUUCAAAUUAGAACGCAAAAUCCCCUGCUGUUUUGUUUAGAUGUUGUGUGUUUAGUUUUUUUGUCCAGGCUCUGUUUUGUGUAGUUUUCCUUACACAGCGUGCAAAAAACUAAUUUGCAGAACAUUUGGUUAUUUUCCAAUCUGUUCCUGUACUGUCCCAUGUGAUCUAUAUUUUUGCAUUUAAAAACUUCUUGCAGGAUCACUUGGUACCCAAAUCGGCUGUUGUCUUUCAGAAUGUUAUUUAAAUAAGCGAUAAAAAUAGACCUUCAAACACGGAGGUAUAAAACCCUUAAGUACACCCGUUGACAUUUUUAUUGAAUUCUCUUUGUUCACACCUGCCCUCUAAUCGUAAGUAAUCACAAGCUAUAAAUUCAAACACACAUUCAGUGAAAAUAAAUAUUUCUUGGCUAUUGAAAUCUUAAUAAUCAAGAUAUUUAUCCCAAAAUCUAUAAAACUGAAAAAGCUAUAUAUUAGUUUGAUUGAUGUCUAAGACACUCAUGAAAUAUAUUUAUUGGUUUAAAUAUUCUGAUGAUUGUAGCCUGACCUUAUUCUUUAAUCUGGGUGCAAAACUGCCCCUAUUGAUUACAAAUAAUUGUAUUCACUGUUAUUAGAUUAUAUAUUCAACAUUCAAGUUAAAAUAGAUGAGGUUGUAACAUUGUGUAGAGCUGAAGGUUUUAUUAGAACUUUGCCUCUUAGGCCUAGCUAGCCCAACCAAAAGUUUAGUGAAUAAACCUCAAAUAGUGGAUACAUUAUAGUGUAUUAUAAAACAUUUAUAUGCUUGAAUUAAAGAACACAUUAAUUUUUUUCCCCAUUGACAUUUGUAUUCAGUAAGGAACAUUAACACAACUUAUACCGAAUACAGAAAUAAUGACAUGACGAAGAAUGCAGUCUUAUUUAAACCCUCGACUUUGCUUGUGUGAAAAAGAAAAAAACAAAACAUAAAAUAAGAACAUAAUAGAUUUCUGACACAUUUACUAAAUACACAAUUUUUGCAGAUUCAUGCAAGACCACAUCCCACCAGUCUCCCACGCACUCAAUGUUGGCUAGAUAAAGAACCUAUUGUGCUACAAGAGUAGCAAUGCAAUAUGGAGACCAUUAGAAGAAUUGCUAUUUGUUUUUACACUUUGUAUGAGCAGUUACUACCAUGAGGGGUACCUACCCACCUUCCUUUUAUUAAGUAGUUACGCCAUUUACCUGUUACCACAAGUAACACACAUUAAACUCUUACAGAAGUCAGUCCUCAAUCAGAAGUUGUCAGUUUGUCCCUGUGUGAAGUUGUUAUGGUCACACAGCCCAUAGAGAAUUGAAACAAGCUGUGUUAAGUCCAAGGGAAGUUUGAGAAGUUUCAAUGUAUCACCUUGCUGAUCCCCAGUAAUCUUGGAUCCAUAUUUGAUUUCAGAGACAGAACUUGUAAAAGUGAUUGCAAUUUGAAUUUCUCACAUAGCAGGACAUCUCAGAGUUGUUUGAGAAUACUGGCUCCCCUUUCACGUCUUCUAAAGUGACUCUCACAAGCUGCAGGAAAAAGAAAAGAGUUCUAAGUGUUUCUUUCUUACAGAGCUUCUCAACAACUGUCCAAUUAUCCAUUAAUUUCGAUCACUCUUCUGGUGCAAGGCUUAGCUUUUUGUGUUGGGUAGGCCAUUCUAACCCUGAUAUUCAUUAACCAGCAGUAAAAUGAUAUGCACAAGCCAGAAAAUCAGCUUUAUUCAGCUUCUUAAACUACAAAGUGCACCUCAGAGAUGCCCCACACCCACCCCAAAUCCUGAUAGAUACUGGUAGACCUAGUUAGGCAUUUAGAAAUGGGAGUUUGAAGGUUUAAACCAGCAUUUAGCAAAUCGAUUAGUUUCCUUCUAGUUUUUUUUUUUUUUUAGUUUUUUUCAUUACUUAGCUAUAAGCUCAACGCUUUACUUUAACACCUUGAUAAAUAUUUACAUUUCCAGCUAUCAAUAAUAUUUCUUGUACAUGGAUGUAUUGCUUAAAAUGUGUAGGAAAGGGGCGAAUUGGCAGGUUUGUAUUAUAGGUUAAUAGGAUAGGAUGUUACUAAUUUCACAUUUUGGACUUUGGACUCAAUAGACCAAAGAAAAAACUAGACCCAAGAUCAUGGACCCAAGAACAUUCUGAUUGUUUUUAAAAAAAAAAUAAUAUAUAUUUUGGAAAACACAAUUUUGCUGUUGUCAAGUAAUUAUAGGCCCUUUAAGUUUCCAGCUAGGACACAUGUAAUGCGUGGGAGUGAGCAAAUCUUCUCUAAGGGGUUCUAAUGGAUGCAAUGUGCAGAGCUCAGUAAUCAAACACUCUGGUCCUCAUCUGGAUCUUGGGAUUCCAUGGACUGAUCUACUACUGUAAGUUGUACAUAUGUACAAUACAUAUUAUAUACCUCCAAUGCCAUAUUUCCAGUCUAAGAUUAAGAUCUCCCCACAUUUUACAAGCACAUUGUAUAACAAUGAUUAAUCACUUGAUCUUUCCAGGUAACCUAGUGGUUAAAUAAUUAAGAUGCCACCCUGUCUCUAUACAUGUACAAUUUAAAAAAAAAAAUGUUAAAUAUAAUAUUUGAGAAGGUGAAUUGUUGCAGUUUAGCAAACCCCAUUCCUUACCAUUGCCUUUUAGAAAUAAAAGGAUUUAAGUUGACGUGGGACCACGUGAACAUAUAAUACAGGCAUUAUUGUGGCAUUUGAAGCGGAGACACAUCUAGUCUAUGCCUCUGAUUACGCCUUUCCAGUCCCUCUAAAGAACAAGUGCUAUCAUAUCACCCCUUCUGCAAGAGGGUUUUCUUUAUUAUACCAUCCCUGAUCCCACCAAGGAUAUAUAUCUCACUGGAAGACUGCUAGGACCCAAUGCUUCCUUAGCAAGGAUGGAUUUUAUUUUAAAGUAUAUUCCUUGAAUGUUCAUUAAAUGGGUGAGUUAUUGCUGUUCAGCCAAAGGUCAGUGGCAAAGCUUAAGGGUUUGAUUUUUUUUUUUUUUUUUUGCUUCUCUCUAAUAAUAGGCUAGUUCUGUCUCCCUAUCUAUAGAUGUAUUUGUUAUUUAUCAAUUGUGUUUUCUGGUAUAUUUUUGAUGUUUAGUAUUUUAUAGAUAUUUAUAUAUAUUUUUGGCAUGGGUUAAACUGUGUUUCCAGAUUUGUCUAUCCUUAUUAUGCAAUUGCAAUCAGGAUAAAACCCGGUGAUGCUGAUAUAUACAUUUUAUAAAAUAAAUAAGAAAUUAAGCAACUAUUGUUGCAUUUGUUAUGGCUACAGUUUUAUUAAAUGCACAUACACAUUAUGUGCCUUUUAUUAUAUUUCUAAUGAGGACAUGGUAUUUUUAGCAUUGUUAUAUCCAUAUGACUAUGCAUAUGCGUGUGCUGUUGUAAAAUGACUAACAUGGAUCGUAUUGUUAUUUUUUUUUUCUGAUUCCAUACAUAUAUUCUAAAUUACACAGAGAAAAACCACCCACAUUUUGUGUAAUUUUUCUAAAACACCUUUAAGCUGAGCAUUAAACGCGAAGCAAAUGAAAAUAGCCAGCCUGGGUUUAUUAAGACACAUAUGCUAUUUGUAUAUUCCUAGCAGUGAUUUUUUUUUUAUUGAUAUUGUUCAAUGUGAGGAAAAUAGCAAAUAAAUAUGUUUAUGUUCGAAACGUUGUCUGAAGGGUUAUUGUGUACACGCACUAAUGAGUGGCGCUUGAGGAGAGGUCAGAGUGCUGAGAUUUGAUUUAUGUUGCUGGUGAAUUGGGGCAGAGGAUCCUGAUAAGAUGAUGUUCUAAAAUGCUUAUCUAUUCUGCCUCACAGAAGGUGGCACUUAGUACUGAUAUACACUAUAUAUACUCUCUAUAUACAGAAUUGUGUCGGUGUGAUACAAUGUUUCUGUUAGCAACUUAGACUGGUUUGAUUGUAAUAUUCUGUGUUAUGAUAGUAUGCAGCACCCUAAUUUGUUAUAUUGUAGCCAGUAUUUGUUAUUUUUUCAUAUUUGAGUGAGAAUUAGGUUGUUAUUGUUGGUUUUUGUACUCACGAGAAAUUAUUGUUUUCUCUCAAUGAAUUUCGUAUUAUUAUUAUUAUUAUUGUCAUUAUUAUUAUUUUAACUAACGCUUUAUAGAUGAAGGUCUUUAUUUUAUGCUCUUGGCUCGGAUCAUGGAGCGAAAUUAAACCUGCUAUUACAAAACAAUAUUAUACAAACCCAUUCACUGACUGGCACAUGUCUCUUCGUCACAUAAUACAUGUUUUAGAGAUUUUUUUUUCUAAAUGGCUUCUGAUAUUUAUUUGCUGGUUUAUCUAUCUAUCUAUCUAUCUAUCUAUCUAUCUAUUAUAGAUCUGUAUGGUAUUAUAUAUAUAUAUGUAUAUAUAAACCAAAUUAUAGAGCAAAUUUUAAUUGCAUAGUUUAUUUACUUUUUCACUAAACACCAACAACUAUAUGUACAUUGAUUAAUUUAUAACAUACACGUGUUAGCUAAAUAAUUCAUAGGAACUAGCAAUCUUCCUAGCAUUUUACGCACCCCAGCUAACCCCACACAAAGGAUAAGGCACAGCAAGGUGUAUGUAUGGACCUCUACAGAACAGAACGCUGGGCUCAGGGCAAAUAAUAUCUACCGAAAACUGAAUGGGAGGACAAUUUAAAUGCAUUCAAAUAAACAUCAGAGUUAGCUCAAGAUGAAUUGAUUUAUCAUGCAGUUUAUUUUUUCAUUAUAGUGCAUCAUAUCCGCCCAGAAGAAAAAUCUCCCCUCACCAGUCCCCCAACAAUAGUAACAAUGUAGAAAUUCGCAUGCACAGUUUUAUUCACCAUGAAAUCCUCCAUAUUUUUGCCAAGUACAUUACAGCCUUAUAUUUGUAAGAUGCAAACUGGGAACCAGUAAAGGCUCAGUCUGGAAGGGUCUGAUCUGCUCUGCUUUAGCAUGUAAGGAGCUGACCUCAGGACUCAAAAGAAACUCAGAUCAGCAAUUUAAGAAGUAGUGGGGUGAAUGAUUGACCAAAGCGAGCUUUCAUCAAAUACAACGCUGAGUAUUGGCUUAAAUGAAAAUGCACACGGGCACUUUUUUGGCUAUUUUCCCCCUCCUACGCUAGAUCUUUCCCCCCUUUCAUGUGGUCUUAUUGCAAUAUGCAGUAAGGAGCAAGCCUCUCUUCUUUGGUAUCCCGUUAACAGCCUUAGUGCACGAAGCCAUAAAUCUUGCUGACCAUAAAUGACAAAAAAAAGCCUUUGGUAUGCACAGAAGGCCACCCGGUCUUAUAUUCCUCUUUAGUUUAGCUUUGUUCAAUGCAUUGUGAUUUUUUUUCAAUUUUUUUUCAAUUAUGGUUAUAAUGGCUUAAAAUAAUUCCUUUAUUUUUUCCCCCCAAAUCUUUAUGUUAUGUUGUUAGCACCUGGAGUGAGGAAAUUGUAUCUGCUUUGUGCAUAUAAUAUCUGAAAAAUAUCCCUCAAAUCCCCCUAAACCAUACUGAAAGACCGUAAUAAUGGUAUGGUAUUCUGGCCCACUAAACAGAUAUACCAGCUGAUGUGGUUUUAAUUUCAAAGUAAGACAGGCUCUAAGAAACAAAUGAUGAAAUGUGAAAUAUUACUGUGCUGGUAGAUAAGACAGACAGAUUGCUCACACUAAAUAUGUGAUGCACAUGCUAUAGUGCCCAGUACAGAGGGGACAGUCCCUACUCUGCAAUAAGCUGUAUAUCAUUCAGUUCAAGUGCACAAGGUUUAAUAAUUCAAUGUAUUAACCCAGUGACUAGGCUAAAUCGCUGCAUCUCACAACACGUUAAAACGAAAGCUGCUUGUUCUAUUGCAAAAUAAGGAAGAAAACAUGACGAAAUAAAAUAAGACUUGGAAAACAGAUUUUUAAAAGACCUUUAGUCUAUGACUGGCUUCAUUAGCAUAAUUUUCCCGAAUACCAGUGACGCCUCCUUUAACAGGAUCUUAGAACCUCCUCCCUCCAUUUUUUUUUCAUGUUAUUUUAUUUUUCUUUCCAUGUAUAACCCAUCUCCCUAGACUUUAAAUUUCUUUCUCUUUUCUCGCCCUUUCCCACAUCCCUGUUCCCACAAGAAUAUACUCCUUGGAAUCUAGAAUCCUUCAGCACAAGAUAUUUGUAAGAAACCUACCAUUUUUUAAUGGAUGUAUAUUUGGAGUGCCCAGUGAGUUGAUAUCUCUUAUCUUUGUGACCGGGGUCGCCCAUAUGUAACCUUAGGGGGCUGUCCAAUUUUUUUUGGCAGACAUUUCUUCUUCAGAUUUCCUGAGUGCUGUUUCCAUCCUGGGGUCCUGUUGUGCUUGUUGCCCGUAGGUGAGGGAGCUUUAGACAUCUAUCCUUGGACCCCUUUCUUCAUGCCUAGGAAUUAGUUGGGAGACCCAGAUAUGCUGGUUCUGGAGUCAAAGUGGAGACUAGAGUGUUGUGUUCUGCGUCAGUCGUCAGAAACUAAGGUAAGCAGGCCAAAAAAUCCUAUAUCACUGCUGAAUGGUGGACUUUAUGUCCUAGUGAUUUAUGGCCAUAGUCUUAAAUCUCGGUUCAAGAAGAGUUCACAUGCUGAAGCUUCCUUUCAAAAAAGUGACUGAUACGUAUAGUUUGCCAAUUCAGACUGCUUUCUUUCUCCUCUCAGCUCCCCUGCAUAUCCUACUAAAUCUGGAGGGAUUGAUUUUUUUAAUGUUUUUAAUUUUAUUUGUAUUCUUUCUGUUCUUUUUUUUUACUCCGAAAGAGAUUUUUUUUACUGAAUGCAAUUUUUUUUUCUCGAGAAUUUAAAAGCCCAAACAAACACACACUACUCACUGGCCAGUGGCAUAACCACUUGACAUUGAAUGAUACAUUGUUUAUUAAAUAAAUGGAAGUAAGAUUAUAAAAGUUAAAACAUAAUAGACUUGCCAAAAUGAAUGCAAAGUGUUUUAGAAAGUGUUGUACAAAACAAUAUGAUACUUAUGUGUGAGGUUUUUAAAAAAUAAAUAUAAAUUAUAUAUAUAAUUUUUCAAACGCCACACAUAAUUUUCUUUUGUGGAUUCCUUAAUUUGAAAUAAUAAUAAUUUAAUGGUUGAUUAUCUAUCUUUCUAUCUAUCUAUCUAUUUUACAUUGAUAUAAAUCCGAUUUGUAUUCAUUAUUUUAUAUUAUUCUCAGUUUUCUGUUUAUUGUUGAUAGAGGCCCGGUAUUUCAUUUCAUUGUAGUUUAGGCUAAUGAUAUCUCUUUUCCAUAUGCUUUUCAUUAUACUGGCUAUCCUUCAGAAGUCAUUUAUUUUUUAUUUUGCAUAUAUUUGAGUGUGUGUACCAUAGCCUCUAUAAUGGCUAAUAUAUUUUUUUAUUUACACUUUCUGUCUUCCAGCCCAUAUAAAUACUAAUAUACUCAUAUAAAUCACCCAAAGAGAGACACUGAUUUCAUUUUCUUGUUUUUUUUAUUUUUUUUUUUUAAAUUUUUUAAAUAAUAUUUUAAUUCUGAGAUUGUAUUUUUUAUUUUCAUUCACUAAAGCAAAUCACACAUUUAUAUAAACCCAAAUAUUCGCUUUGGGCCUAUUGCUUAUUGUAAAAUAAUAAUAUUGCUUAUACAAAAAACUUUUUGUGUGUUACAACUCUUUCUGUGGCUACAUAAUUAAAGAAGUAUCAUGUUUAAUUAUGCAUAAAGAGCAUAAUUUUUUACUGCCAUUUGUGCAUUAUAUACAUUAAACAGAUAUAUAAACAAUAAUUCUUUAAUAAAUGAAAUAAAAUUAUUAAUAACGAUUAUAUAUUUUAAGGAUUACACAUCAAUGAUUUUAUAAAAUAUAUAAUAUUAUAAUUCCCUUUUAGCUUGAUGUAAACUAACUAACAUGUCGGGUUUUUUUUUGUUUUGUUUGUUUUUUGUUUGUUAAUAAUCGUUUUAUUUACUUUAAGGGACAUUCUGCCUGCUCUGCUUUUUGUGUCCUGGCUAAGUUUAAAUAGUUAUUUGGAGAUAGGUAAACAUUGAGAUUUAACAAUAGAUAGACAGGAUCUGCCGAGUAUUUUACGGUUUGUGUUUCCAUCAUCUAGUCUCUCGCUAGCCAAAUGACCCCCAUACAUCAAAUUGCAGAGCAGUUGCAGAGACAGAACCUAUUAUCGUUAGGGGCUGCACAGAAAGUUCAUGCCGUGGUCAUGGAGAUGAACGCUGGUUUUUCUGGUUCCUGGUGUUAUUUCAAAUCCAUCAUGUUUUAACAGGUAGAAUGUGUAGAUCUGACGAGGGCUGCCCUAAAUCACAGAACUUUGUAUUCGAAUUUUAAAUUAUGAAUAAAUCUACAUCUAUCUAAUUUAUAUGGAAAUUAUUAGGGGUAUGUAAGCAUUUUGGUUUUCAAUCUAUCUAUCUAUCUAUCUAUCUAUCUAUCUGUCUGUCUCUGUCUGUCUGUCAUUCUGUCUAUCUAUCUAUAUAACUAUCUUUUCAGUAUAUUUUUAUUGUCCUGAGUUUAUUGCUGCUUUUAUUUUUGCUAUACAGCCGUUUACAUGGCUACAGUUAGAUACCUACUGUAUAAGUGGCUUUUUUUUCUGUUGGUCUAAAUACAAAUAUGAUCUUUUAGGCCUUGUGCUUAGAAAGCAGUAUCUGCUGGCAGAUAAACGAUUGUUAGCUGAAUCAAUAUUGUGCAAUGCUUUCCAAUCCACUUUUUAUUUAUAUAGAACGAGCUGUGGUAGCAGGGGUUAUCAUCUUAACAAGCGAUUUAUCAUAUCCUUGGACGUGUACAAUUGCACCAUUUAUUAUAGUGUAACUUUAACUUGUAAAUAAUAUACAGUAAUAGCUUCACUGUCUGUCUAUCUAUCUAGAGGGAAUCUAAAAGUGUGUGUGUGUGUGUGUGUGUGUGUGUGUGUGUGUGUAAUAUAUAUGUGUGUGUGUGUGUGUGUACAUUUUCUAACAUGUAUAUGUUCAGCUAAGUGUACAUUACAUUAAUUAAUAGUCUAUAUUGUUUAUAUAUAUAUAUACACACACACACACACACAGUACUAUAAAUACAAUAUAAAUAUAUAUAUAUAUAUAUAGUAUGAAUGUGUGUGCUUAUAUUUCUGUGUGUGUGUGUGUGUGUAUUUUGAUGUGUGUGUAUCUAUGUAUCUAUCUUAAUAUACACAUUUAUUUCUUUAAUUAUAAAGAUAUAGAUGUAUGUAUACUAUAUGUAUCCCAGACACAGAUGCACUGUGGGCAGAUAAUGUAUUACUUUUUACACACACUGUAUCCCAGCAGAGAUGACAGAAUGCCUGUGUGUAAUGUGAGUAAUGCAGGCUGGGAUGCAGUUAUUCAGUACACAUUUAACUGCAAUUUGUGGCCAAAUGUGAAUUAGUUGGACGUUAGUGAGAAGCCCUAUCAUCUUAAUACACACUUCUCAAUAUUGCUGAACACUUUUUCCUUUAUGGCUUUCAUGUCACUGAGCUAUUGUAAGUAAGAUGGAUCUCUCCUAUUUCUUCACUGUAGUAUGCCUCUUGUACACACAGGUCUGA